AUGACCACGCAGGCGCCGACGUUCACGCAGCCGCUGCAGAGCGUCGUGGCACUAGAGGGUAGUGCCGCGACGUUCCAGGCUCAAGUUAGUGGUUCUCCAGUUCCUGAGGUGAGCUGGUUCCGUGAUGGCCAGGUUCUUUCCGCUGCUGCUCUGCCCGGCGUUCAGAUCUCGUUCAGCGACGGCCGCGCUGUUCUGACGAUCCCCGCCGUGACUGCCGCGCACAGCGGAAGAUUCUCCAUCAGAGCCACCAAUGGUGCUGGACAAGCCACAAGCACAGCCGAGCUCCUGGUCACAGCGGAGACGGCUCCGCCCAACUUCCUGCAGAGGCUGCAGAGCUCCUCAGUGACACAGGGCAGCCAGGUGAGGCUGGACAUCCGAGUCACAGGGAUUCCAACACCUGUGGUGAAGUUCUACAGGGAGGGAGCAGAGAUCCAGAGCUCUGCCGACUUCAGGAUCCUCCAGGACGGAGACCUGUACAGUCUGCUCAUAGCUGAGGCCUUCCCAGAGGAUUCUGGGACGUAUUCUGUGACGGCCACUAACAGCAGCGGGCGGGCCACAUCCACUGCUGAGCUGCUGGUUCAGGGGGAAGAAGCUGUUCCAGCGAAGAAAACCAAGACGGUGAUUUCAACAUCUCAGAUUUCACAAACUCGUCAAACCCGAGUGGAGAAGAGGAUGGAGGCCAGUUUCCAGGCCACCGCCAUGAUGGAGAUCCAGGGGGAGGGCGGAGAGGUGACACACCAGCUGGCUCACAAGACUCCCCCCCGAGUCCCCCCCAAGCCCAUGGCCAAGUCUCCCACCCAGUCCUCGCUGGUCGCCAGGGUGACAGGAGGACGCCAGCAGUCCCCAUCACCCGUCAGACAUGUUAAGGCGCCAACGCCCACACCAGUCAGGCCUGCUUCUCCCACUUCAAGACUCUCCGUCUCCCCCAUCAGGCCAGUGAAGUCCCCCAUCGCCACCCGCAGACAGGGGGCCGCCGGCGCCGACGUCCUGCCGCCGUGGAAGCAGGGCGACUUCGUGGCCGAGGCCAGCUUCACCAGUAUGACCAGUAUGAGCAGUAUGAGCAGUAUGAGCAGUAUGACCACCGUCACCCAGCUGGGUCAGGAGCAGCACUGGGAACAGGUCGUCGGGGUCAAAGAGGUGGUGGAGGCAGCAGCCGUUCCUUCUGCAGGUGGAGCCGUGGUUCCACCCACACUGGAGUCGGGCUUGAAAAACACAAACGUGACCGAGGGCGAGUCCGUGACCCUGGAGUGUCAGAUCAGCGGCCAGCCGGCCCCGGUCAUCCUGUGGUUCAGAGAGGACUACAAGAUGGAGUGCUCCAUCGAUUUCCAGAUCAGCUACGAGAGCGGCUUCGCCCGGCUGGUGAUCCGCGAGGCGUUCGCUGAAGACAGCGGCCGCUUCACCUGCACCGCCACCAGCGAGGCGGGCACCGUCAGCACUUCCUGCUACCUGCUCGUCCAAGUGUCCGAGGACAUCGAGAGCCGGGAGGAGAUGACUGUCGUCACCGAACAUGUGGAAACUGCUCAAGAGAAGCUUGAAACCGAAGAAGCCAAAGAGGAAACCAUGUCUCAGGUGAGCAUGGCCGAGUCAGACAGUGCUGCCGCUGCUCCCUUCUUCAUCCAGACACCCAGCGUCCAGAAGCUGGUGGAGGGAGGAAGUGUCCUGUUCCAGUGUCAGGUGGGAGGAAGCCCCAAACCUCACAUCAUCUGGAAGAAGAGCGGCGUGCCGCUCACCACCGGAUACAGAUACAAAGUCGCCUACAAGAAGGAGACAGGAGAGUGCAGGUUGGAGAUCUCCAUGACUUUCGCAGAUGACGCCGGAGAAUAUUCUGUGUUUGUGAAGAAUCAGCUCGGAGAAGUGUCAGCCUCAGCCAGCCUGCUGGAGGAAGAUGAAUACGAAGCCUACAUAAAGAAACAGGAAGAAACCUUUAAGACUGAAGUGACCACAGUGGUGCAGGAGGCCAAAGUGGCAGACGUCCCCCCCGUCGUCGUGACCACAAUGGAGAGGAUGACCACCACCAUUAUCUCAGGACAGGAAUUCCACCUUUCUGCCAUCGAGCAGAGGAUCAUGCAGGAGAUCGAGUUCCACCUCAUGAGCAUCACCUACAGAGAGAUCGUGACAGAGGACGGAGAGUUGAUGGUGACCGCCACCGCCGAGGACGCCGUGCAGCCGGCCUUCGACACGCCGGUCAAAAACUACAGGAUCAUCGAGGGAAUGGGCGUCACCUUCCACUGCAAAGCAGCUGGAACGCCUCUCCCCAAGAUCGUUUGGUACAAAGACGGCCAGCGCAUCCGGCCUGGUGGCCGCUACCAGAUGGAGGUUCUUCAGGACGGGCGAGCCAGCCUGCGCCUGCCGGUGGUGCUGCCUGAGGACGAGGGCGUGUACACCGCCUUCGCCGCCAACAUGAAGGGAAACGCCGUCAGCUCUGGGAAACUCUAUGUGGAGCCGUCCGGAGCUGUCACACCUCAGAGAUACACACCACAGCCAGCCAUGCAGAGGAUCAGGUCCACCUCUCCUCGGUCCAUGAGCCGCUCGCCGGGUCGCUCUCCCAGCCGUUCGCCCGCUCGCCGUCUGGAUGAGACAGAUGAGGCUCAACUGGAAAGACUCUACAAACCCGUGUUUGUCAUGAAACCGACCUCAUGUAAAUGCUCAGAGGGACAAACUGCCAGAUUUGACUUGAAGGUUGUUGGCAGGCCCAUGCCCGAGACCUACUGGUUCCACAAUGGACAACAAGUGGUUAGUGACUACACCCACAAGAUCGUUGUCAAAGAAGACGGGAUCCAGUCGCUGAUCAUCGUCCCGGCCAUGCCACAAGACUCUGGAGAAUGGACGGUCAUCGCUCAGAACAGAGCUGGACGCUCGUCCCUCUCCGUCACGCUCACUGUCGAUGCUAAAGAAACGUUGGUGCGACCUCAGUUCACCGACAAGCUGAAGAACCUCAGUGUGAAACAAGGCACUCUGGUGGAGCUGGCUGUGAGAGCCAUGGGAAACCCGCUGCCUGACAUCGUCUGGCUGAAAAACAGUGACAUCAUCUCACCGCACAAGCACCCCAACAUCAGGAUUGAAGGAACCAGAGGAGAGGCCAAAUUUCAAAUUCCCUCAGCCGCUGGCUCAGACAGCGCCUGGUACACAGCGACAGCCAUCAACAAGGCUGGUAGAGACACCACCCGCUGCAGAGUCAAUGUGGAGGUGGACUAUGCUGAACCUGAACCAGAGAGAAAACUUAUUAUUCCCAAAGGAACCUACAAGGCCAAGGAGAUUGCUCCUCCGGAGCUGGAGCCCCUUCAUCUGCGAUAUGGUCAGGAGCAGUGGGAGGAGGGCGACCUCUACGACAAAGAGAAGCAGCAGAAACCACUGUUCAAGAAAAAGCUGACCUCUAUCAGAAUGAAGCGUUUCGGUCCCGCUCAUUUUGAGUGCAGACUGACCCCUAUUGGUGACCCCAUCAUGGUAGUGGAGUGGCUGCACGAUGGCAAACCCCUGGAUGCUGCUAACAGGCUACGCAUGGUCAAUGAGUUUGGCUACUGCAGCCUUGACUAUGAAGCUGCUUACGCUAGAGACAGCGGUGUCAUCACUUGCAGAGCCACAAACAAGUUCGGAGUGGACCAGACCUCGGCCACCCUGAUUGUCAAGGAUGAGAAGGGUCUUGUUGAGGAGAGUCAGCUUCCUGAAGGCAGGAAGGGAGCUUACAGAAUGGAUGAGAUGGAGCGCCAAGCUCACCAGGGAGGACCCUAUGGAGUUAGUGCUGACGACGAGUCUGAGAAGUCCAAACCUGAAAUCGUUCUCCUUCCUGAACCAGCCAGAGUGCUUGAAGGCGACAUUGCUCGAUUCCGUUGCAGGGUGACCGGUUAUCCAGCGCCCAAAGUCAACUGGUACCUCAAUGGACAACUUAUCCGCAAAAGCAAGCGAUACAAACUUCGUUAUGAUGGUAUUUACUAUUUGGAGAUCACUGAAAUCAAGUCCUAUGACUCAGGAGAGGUCAAAGUGGUGGCAGACAGCAACCUGGGCUCAGCCGAGCACACAGUAAAGCUGGAGAUUCAGCAGAAAGAGGACUUUAGAACUCAUCUGCGUCGUGCUCCUGAGGCGAAGGCAGCCGAGGCUGCACCUGAACCGGGAAAAACACAAUUCGAGGUGGUGAAGGCUGAGACACCUGCAGAGGACUCUCAGCUGAAAGAGGUGGUCACGCUCAAGAAAGCCCAGAGAAACGUCCAUGAGAAAUCCACGGAGGAGUCAGACGAGCUGAGGGGUAAGUUUAAGCGUAGGACAGAGGAAGGCUAUUACGAGUCCAUCACCGCGGUGGAGCUCAAGGCACGUAAGAAGGAUGAAAGCUAUGAGGAUCUGCUGAAGAAAACAAAGGACGAUCUGCUUCACCGCGCCAAGAAGAAGGAGGAGGCCGAGAAGAAGAAGGAGGAGGAGCGCCUCAAACUUACAGCCAAAUCUCUAAAACCAGAGAGAGUCAAGCUCUCAGCCGGUAUGGAAGCUCCUAAGAUCCUAGAGCGUAUCACAAGCCAGACCGUAGCACAAGGUGAAGAAGUUAAGUUCCGAGUCAGAGUCGUGGGCAAACCAGAACCUGAGUGCCAGUGGUUCAAGAACGGUGUUCAGCUGGAGAAGUCAGACCGUGUUUCCUGGUUCUGGCCUGAGGAUCAUGUGUGUGAACUGGUGAUCAGAGACGUCAGAGCAGAGGAUUCUGCCAGCGUCAUGGUUAAAGCCACCAACACUGCAGGAGAGACUUCAAGCCACGCUUUCCUGCUGGUGCAAGCAAAGCAAGUCAUCACAUUUACACAGAAACUGGAGGAAGUUAGUGCCAAGGAGAAGGACACCAUGGCAACCUUUGAAUGUGAGACCAACGAGCCAUUCAUCAAGGUCAAAUGGCAGAAGAAUAAUGUGGAUAUCUUCACUGGAGACAAGUACAGGAUGCACUCUGACAGAAAGGUUCACUUCCUGUCUGUGCUGACGAUCGGCAUGAGGGAUGAUGCAGAAUAUUCCUGCGUUGUUAUUGACGACGACGUGAGGACGACUGCAAAGCUUAACGUGGAAGGAGCUCCUCUGGAGAUGUUGAAGCAGCUGGAGAGUACAGAGGUGCCGGAGACGUACUCUGGAGAGUUCGAGUGUCUCGUGUCACGAGAGGACGCGGAAGGAAGCUGGUUUUUCGGAGAAAAGCUGUUGACUCUUGGAAGUAAAUACGUCAUGUCUUCCCGUCGUGGAAGACACACCCUGUCUGUCAAAGACGUCAAGAAGGAGGACCAAGGAACUUAUUCCUUCAAAGUGAAUGAGUUCAAGACGAGCGCCUCACUCAAGAUGAAAUUGCGCCCAGUGACCCUCAUGCAGCCGCUGACCGACCUGACGGUCUGCGAGGGCGACAUCGCACAGAUGGAGGUCAAGUUCUCCCAGGAGAACGUUGAAGGAACCUGGAUGAAGAGCGGGCAGCCUGUCACAGCCUCAAACCGAGUCCACAUUGUUAUCGACAAACAGACCCACAAACUCUUGUUCGAAGACACCAACAAGAGCGACUCUGGAACCUACUCCUUCGUUGUUCCCGAUCAGGAGAUCUCCACCUCUGCAAAGCUGAUCAUUCAGACUAUCGGAGUGCUGAUACCACUAAAGGACACAAGUGCCAUUGAGGGCACCAAAGCCGUUCUGGAGGCUAAGAUCUCCGCUCAGGACAUCAGCUCAGUCAAAUGGUUCCACAACGACAAACUGCUGACAGCCAGCGACCGGAUCCAGCUGGUGGCGAAAGGAUCCAAGCAGCGUCUGGUCGUCAACAGGACGUACGCGUCCGAUGAAGGGAUCUACAAACUGGUGGUCGGGCGAGCUGAUACCAGCUGCAGGUUCACUGUCCAGACUGUCCAGAUCGUGACCCCGAUGAAAAACAAGGAAUGCUCCGAGUCUGAGAACGUCACCUUCGAGGUCGAGGUCUCUCACCCGGGUAUAGAUGCCUACUGGACCUUCAAGAGGCAGCCGCUCAAAGCAGGCGCCAAUUACAAGAUGGAAUCCAAAAACAAGCGCCACACCCUGAUUGUCAUGAAUGCCAUGAAGGACGAGGAGGGCGAGUACAUGUUUGCUGCCGGGGAGAAGAUGUGCAGUGCCUCUCUCACUGUGACAGGUGGCGCUAUCAAGAAGCCUCUACGUGAUCUGGUGGUGGCCGACUCCCAGACUGCCGUGCUGCAGUGUGAGGUCGCCAACCCGGCUGCCGAGGGCAAGUGGCUGAAAGACGGCAAGGCCGUGGACUUCAACGAGAACGUGGAGAGCGAGGUGAACGGCACUGUCCGACGCCUCGUCAUCAUCAUCACCAAAGCAACCGACAUCGGAGAGUACACCUAUCAGGUCGCCACCUCCAAGACCUCCGCCACCCUGAAGGUUGAGGCUGUGAAGGUAAAGAAGACCCUGAAGAACCAGAACGUGGUCCAGACUCAAGACGCUGUUUUCAUCCUGGAGCUCACCCACGAAGAUGUGAGGGGAGCACAGUGGAUCAAGAACGGUGUCGAGAUCCAGCCCAGCAACAAAUACGAGAUCACUAUCGAAGGCACCGUCCACAGCCUGAAGAUCAACAACUGCUCCACCAACGAUGAGUCGGUUUACUCCUUUAAACUCGGGAAACUCUCUGCGAAUGCCAGACUGAACGUUGAAUCAAUAAGGAUCCUAAAGAAGCCGAAGGACGUGACCUCCCUGUUGGGUGCGAGCGCGGCGUUCGAGCUCGGCAUCUCCGAGGACGACAUUCCGGUCAAAUGGAUGUUCAACAAAAUGGAGUUGAGGCCCAACGAGCACUACAGGAUGCUCUCUGAGAAGAAGACGCACAAACUGUUUGUCCAGGAUGUUGACACCAGCAAAGAGGGAGAGUACACGGCCGUGGUCGGACACAUGCAGUGCAGCGCACGCCUCAUCGUCGAGUCUCUGCGAGUCACCAAACGCAUGAAGAGCGUGGAGGUGCCCGAGACUCGGGUGGCCACGUUCGAGUGUGAGGUUUCUCACUUCAACGUCCCGUCCACGUGGCUGAAGGACGGCGUGGAGAUCGAGAUGAGCGAGAAGUUCAGGAUCGUGGUCCAAGGGAAACUUCACCAGCUGAAGAUCACGAACAGCAGCAGGGACGACUCGGCCGAGUACACGUUCGUCUGUGGCAACGACCGAGUCUCCGCCACGCUCACCGUCAGCCCGAUUGUGAUCGCGACGAUGCUGCAGAACGUGAACGCUCAGGAGAAAGACUCUGUCACAUUCGAAGUAAACAUUAACUUCGAGGAUAUUGCGUACAAGUGGCUGAAGAACGGCGUGGAGAUCCGCUCCACGGACAAGUGCCAGGCUCGUUGUCGACAGCUCACACACACGCUGUGCCUCAGGAGCGUCCAUUUUGGAGACAGUGCUGAAUACUCCUUCGUGGCUGGUUCUGCAGUGACCACCGCCAAACUCUAUGUUGAGGCUCGUGUGGUUGAGUUCACCAAACAUCUGAAGGACCUGAAGAGCACAGAGAAGAAGAGGGCGACGUUUGAAUGUGAACUCUCUGAACCCAACAUCCAGGUGAUGUGGAUGAAAGACAGUCAGGAGCUGGAGAUGUCUGACAGAUAUAAAAUGACCUCAGAUAAGUUCCUGCACCGUCUGGUUCUGCCGUCUGUCCGCCUGUCUGACGCCGGAGAGUACACGGCCGUGGCCGGGUCCAGUCUGUCCAAGGGACAGCUGGCGGUGGAGGGACGAGACGUCCAGAUCUCCGAGCCGGCGAGCAGAGACAUCACAGUGGUUGAGAAACUCAGAGCGACCUUUGAGUUCGAGGUGAACGAGGACGACGUGGACGGGCGCUGGCUGAGGAACGGGCUGGAGAUCCAGUUCUCAGUGGAGGAGAGGUUCAGCUACGCCACCAUCAGGAGGCUGCACCGCCUCACCAUCUCCGAGACGUUCAGGAGCGACGCCGGCGAGUACGUCUUCUCAGCCGGGAGGAACAAGAGCAUCAUGAACCUGCACGUCAAGCUGCCCGAGCCUCCGGAGAUCGUGCGGCAGCUGCAGCCGCAGCGCGUGGCGUCCGGCAGGUCGGUGCGCUUCUCGGUGCAGGUCAGCGGCCUCCCGGCGCCUCAGGUGUCCUGGUACAAGGACGCUCAGGCUCUGUGCAUCAGCGACAACUGCAAGUUCCUCCACGACGGAAACGCGCACGCGCUGCUGCUGCUGGAGGUUUCCCCCCCCGACGCCGCGGCCUACAGCUGCGAGGCCAGGAACGACUACGGAGCGGCCACGAGCUCGGCUCUUCUCACGGUCGAAGUCCCUGAGGUGGUGGAGACGCUGGCUCGGGUCCCGGCUCCGGUCCUGGUCCAGCCCCUGAGACCCGUCCUGGUCUCUGAGGGACACUCGGCCCAGUUCCAGUGCACCGUGUCUGGGGAAGGUCUGCAGGUUUCAUGGUUCUGUAACAACAGAGAGCUCAGAGACUCGGACAUCUUCAGGAUGUCUCACUAUGGGGACACCUGCCAGUUGGACAUUACCAGAGUUCUCCACGACCACGAAGGGGAGUACUCAUGUGUCGCCUCGAACUCUGCGGGGACGGUCACAUGUGAGGCGUCGUUGAAUAUCGAUGGUGAGUCUGUGAGGUGUUCACGUAACGUUCAGGUGAAACUGUUCCUGUCGGACCUUCACGAGCUUCAGUCGAACCGACAGCAGCAGGGACCAGAUGAAACAGCCGUAGCUAGUGCGAGGAGCUCUGGGGCUGAUGCUAAGCUAGCUGAUGCUAAGCUAAGUGAGCGGCGGGAGGCUCAGAGCUUCAGCUCCGCCCACAGUGUUGAGUUUACUCAGAUGCUCUCUCAGAGCUCCUCCGUGUCGUGGAGCACGCUGGAGGUUCAGAUGGAGACGAGCUCCGACAGCAGCUUGGGUCUCGGACCCUCAGCCCCCCCCACGCUGCUGAUGGAGCUGAGCGACGUCCGCGUGAGAAACGGCGAGAUGGCCGAGUUCAGCUGCACGUUCGCCGGGCAGCCCUUCACCGGGGUGGUGUGGCAUCACAACGGCCAGAGCCUGGUGGACGUGGAGCGGGUGAGGAGCUCUGAGAGCCGCGGCUCCUUGUCGCUGGUCAUCCCGGGUGUGGGCGUGGCCGACCAGGGCGUGUACCGCUGCACCGCCACCAACCGGCACGGCCACAACAGCUCCUCCGCCCGGCUCACUGUGGAAGCUAAAGAAGCGAAUCUCACAGCAGAAACCCCCAUCCCUACAGAUUCUGUACGCAAAGUGUCUCGGGCCGACAGGGAGACUCUUAGAGAUCUCCCUGAGCAGGAGAAGAAGGAGGCGCUGGAGGAGCUGGGGUCGUUGCCUCCAUCUUCCCAGAGACCGUACAGUUUGCUCAGCCACCUGUAUUUCCCUGAUGUCCCGCCUCAUGGCGAGCGAGGUCAACGUCUCUGCCCCGACUUCCUGGUCAAAGUCCCCCCCGAGCUGCUGAGCGGGAGCCGGCCCUGCGGCUCCUUGUUGUGUGUUAUGAAGGAGCUUCCCACUCCGUUUUUCAUGUGGCUUUACAACCGGUUGAGUUUUGAGGAUUCUGUGUCCUUCUCUCUGAAACAUGACGCCCCCCCGUGCUCUGUAAAUGUUAACAAUGUGAGAUCCGGACACGGGGAAUCUCUCACUUGCAAACCUGUCCUCUCAGCUGGGGAGGCUGAGAGCAGCACAGGGAUGAAAGUCGCUGCAGUGGAGAAGGAAGCUGUGACUCCGGUCCGGGAGGAAAUAAAAGUGAAACCUGUGUUCAGACACAGAAUCGUCCCUGUGGAGAUCAACAUUGGCAACACCGCCAAGUUCGAAUGUGAAACUGAAGACGCUCCGAAUGUGAGCUUCAAGUGGUUCAAGGCUGGAAACCCCAUCAAAGAGGGGGAUAAGUACCGGAUCAUCAGCCGCUUCAGCAUGUCCUCCCUGGAGCUCCUGGCGCCGAGCAGGGACGACAGCGGUGAAUACAGCUGCAAGGCGUCCAACCAGCACGGCAGCGACGAGUGCUCGGCCUCGCUCAGCGUCACAGAACAAUGUCCUCCUUGCUUUCUAACUAAGCCUGAGCCUCAGACUGUGUUUGUUGGUAAGAGGGCAGUGAUACAGUGUGUUAUAUCAGGAUCUGCUCCUCUCAGUGUGGUGUGGCUCAAAGACCAGCAGGUCUUACCCCAAGAGCUGACACACUUUCACACCUCUUGUGAAAAGAACAAACACACUCUUGAGAUAACCGUCCUGGAGGCGGUCCACAGGGGGCGCUAUGUUUGCAAAGUGUCCAACAAUGUUGGGACGGCUGAGAGCGGCAUGGAGCUGCAAGUCGUUGACAAACCGUCCUUCGUGACGCCCCUGGUCCCGGUGGCUGCCGUGGUCGGUGCUCCUCUGCACCUGGAGGCUCAGGUGGACGAGGACGCUGGAGUCAGUGUCUCAUGGACCAGAGAUGGUCGGAAAGUCCACCAGUCUCCAGACUGUAAACUGACUUUCGAGGAUAAGACCGUCACACUUGAUAUCCUCAAGACCACACUGAAGGAUUGUGGUCAGUUUAUGUGCACGGUGACAAAUGAAGCUGGGAGUGCAAUGUGCUCCUCUGUGGUGAAGGUCCAAGAGCCGCCGGUCUUUGUGAAGCGGCUGGAGGCCGGCGCCGUGUGGAAGCAGGGCGGCGCCGCCCGGCUGCAGUGCUCCGUCACAGGCUCGCCUGAGCUGCACACCAGCUGGUUCUUUAAUAACAGCGAGCUGUGUGCUGGCAGCAGGCACGCCAUCAGGCUCAAAGAUGGCGUGGCCACUCUUGAAAUUAAGGAGGUCAUGUUGACUGACGGUGGAAACUACACCUGUGAGGUUCUCAAUGAGUCCGGGUGUGAAAGCUGCAGCACUAAAGUGACGGUGAAAGAGCCGCCAUCGUUCAAACAGGAGCCGCAGUGUGUAGAGGCGCUCAGAGGAUCUGUGGCCGUGUUGCACUGUGAGAUAUCUGGCUCCGCACCGUUCGAGGUGUCGUGGAGAAAGAAUAAGAAAUGUCUGUCAUCAGAUAAGAAGCACAGGAUCGUGUCUCAGGGAUCCCUGAGCUCUUUGGAGAUCCACUCGUUUGAAAGCGCAGACACUGGUGAAUAUGAAUGUGUCGUCUCCAAUGAGGUUGGCUCUGUGAGCUCAAAGUCCACAACUAAACAGAAAGAGCCACCUACGUUUUCAAAGAGGUUUGAAAGCGCCACAGCAGUUUUGGGAAAUACAGUGAAGCUACAGGGAACCAUUAAGGGCUCCGCUCCCAUCACUGUCAAAUGGAUGAAAGACUCUGAUUUGCUCAGAGACGACGACCCAAAUGUCCAGAUGAAGUUCGAACAUAACGUCGUUAGCAUCGCCUUCUCCUGUGUGGAGAUCAAACAUGGUGGCAGGUACACCUGCCUCGCCGAGAAUGAGGCAGGGCAGCAGAAAUGUGAAGCAGUCUUAACAGUUCAAGAACCUGCCAGGAUCGUAGAGAAGGCAGCGUCCAUCAGUGUGAGCGCAGGAGACUCAGCCACACUCAGCUGCUCCGUCUCUGGAAGCCCAGAGCUCCGAGUCAAGUGGUUUAAAGAUGGGAAGGAGAUGAUCAGUGGCCGUAAAUAUAAGAUGACGAUGAAGGAGAACACGGCCAUCUUAAAGAUCCUCUCCGCAGAUAAAGGAGACACCUCAGAGUACAAGAUGGAGGUGUCCAAUAAAGUGGGAAAAGAGCAGUGCAGCUGCUCGGUCACUGUCAUAGAUCGAGCCGUUCCACCGUCCUUCACCAAAAGUCUAAAGAAAGUGGACGGACGUGUGGGUAGUCAGGUUGCGUUGGAGUGCAGAGUUUCUGGAUCUCAGCCAAUGGUUGUUUCUUGGUUCAAAGACAAUAAAGAAAUCCACAGUGAUGAGAAACAUCAGGUUGAUUUGAGUGAGAGCUUGUUGUCGGUGCUGAUCAGAGACCUGCAUCAGAACGACGCUGGAGUUUACACCUGCCGAGCCUCCAACGCCGCCGGGCAGGAGGAAAGCAGCGGCGCUCUGUGCAUCAGAGAACCUCCGGCCUUCACGGUGAAACCUGAAUCUCAGAACGCUUCACCUGGAUCAGACAUUGUCAUAAAAUCCGCAUUUACAGGAACAGCUCCUCUGGUGGUGAAGUGGUUCAGAGAGGAGAAAGAGAUGUUCACUGGAGGAAAAUGUUUCAUAAAGAAAGAUGCUUCUUCAAGCUCAUUGGAGCUUCACUCAGUGAAACCCGGUGAUUCUGCUAAAUACACAUGUCAAGUGUCCAACGACGCCGGGAAGGUGGACUGCACCGCCGGGCUGUUUGUGAAAGAAGCACCAACAUUUACAAUGAAGCCAGAGCCGUCUCAGCUGCUCAGAGCUGGACAGCCCCUGAGGUUGUCCUGUAAAGUUCAGGGCAGUCCUGUGAUUGUCAUCACAUGGUUUAAAAACGGCUCGGAGAUGCUCUCAGAGCCCGGACACACCUCGAGCUUCGACAGCUCCACAGCGACCCUGGAGGUGGAGAGCUGCUGUGUGGAGGACAGUGGACAGUAUGUGUGUGUGGCCUCCAGCGAAGCUGGUUCCGACCAGUGCAGCAGCUCAGUGACGGUGAAAGAACCUCCAGAGUUUAUGAGGCCGUUUGAGUCGGCUGAGCUUGUGAAGGGAUCUGAUAUCGUCCUGGAAGGAACCAUUUCAGGUUCUGCUCCCUUUGAAAUCACUUGUUUCCUCAAUGAUGCGUUGAUCAGAAACGACAAAAGACACAAAGUCAGCAUGGAAAACGACACAGUCACUGUUGACAUCUCAAACUGUGUGGGCGGAGACUCUGGCACAUAUCGCUGCACGGUGACCAAUGAGGUCGGGGAGACAUCGUGUUCUUGCCAGAUUUCACUGAAAGAACCACCGUCAUUUGUUCAGAGACUGGACAACAUGUCCUGCACGCUGGGCUCUGACGUGACUCUGAGCUGCAUGUUGUCUGGAUCACUGCCCAUGUCUGUCUCCUGGAGCAAGGACGAGCAUGAGCUCACACAAGACGAGCACGUUCACAUGUCCUUUGAAACAGAAAGAGCCAUGUUGAAUGUGAAAAAUGCUCAGUUGUCACAUGGUGGGAAAUAUGUGUGUGAGGCCCAGAACAAAGCCGGGACUCAGAGAUGUGCUGCUGUGCUCGUGGUCACAGAGCCUCCAUCAUUCAUUGAUGAGCUAACGUCUCUCGAAGUCAUUAAAGGUUCCACAGCAGCGUUCAACUGCAAAGUGGCAGGAAGUUCUCCGUUAAAGUACACGUGGUUCAAAGAUAGAAAGCUCAUCAAAUCCAACCACAAGCGUGUCACUGUUGAAAACCAGGGCAGCUUGAACAUCCAGGACUGUAAUGUGGAAGAUGUUGGUUCUUAUCAGUGCACAGCAGCCAAUGAGGUUGGAAGCUGCACUGGUUCUGCAGCCUUGUCUCUGAAAGUUCCCCCAACGUUUGUAAAGAAGAUGGAAAAUGUCUCCAGUGUUCUGGGAGACGCUGUCGUGUUUUGCUGCGUCGUGGAUGGUUCUCAGCCUCUUUCUGUAGAAUGGAAAAAAGACGAGAGCUGGAUCCCAGAAGACUCAAAGAUCGAGAGAAAGUUUGAGACCAAAGAGGCGACUCUCCGGAUUCCCGCCUGUGAGGCCGCUCAUCACGGAACAUACGCAUGUCGGGUCGUUAACGAAGCCGGGCAGGACAAAUGCUUUGCCACUCUUGUAGUGAGAGAACCACCUACAAUCCAACAGAAGCCAGAGGUGGUCAAAGUGACGAGUGGAGAUCCUGUUACUCUUGAAUGCAGCGUAGCUGGAACUCCUCCGAUCAGUGUUAGGUGGAGCAAAGAGGGCAACGAGUUCCAGAGCAGCAGGAAACAUCGUCUCUGCUUCGAGAACAACCGGAGUCGUUUGAACAUUCAGGCGUCGCAGCUGGACGACAGCGGACGAUAUCUGUUUGAAGCUACUAACUCUGUUGGAACUUGCAGCUGUGAAAUCAUGAUGGUUGUUUUAGAAGAGGUCAUUCCUCCAACGUUUGUCAGGAAAUUAACAAACAUUCAAGCAGUUCUGGGCUCGGUGGUCACGAUGGAGAGCAAAGUGUCCGGUUCUCUUCCUCUGUCCGUCCAAUGGAGCAAAGGGAAACAAAGCAUCAGCAACAGCUCCAAAUAUAAACUCCUGAACACUGACAACACAGUUUCACUGGAGUUCCCUCUGACAGAGAGCUCUGACACAGGAGAGUAUUCCUGUACAGUGACCAACCAAGCAGGCAGCUGUGUGUGCAGUGGAGUUCUUACAGCUAAAGUGCCACCAAGAUUUGUCACUGAGCCUGAGUGUCAGGCAGUUGUUCCGAAGUCGACUGCACUCUUCCGAAGUAUUUUUGAUGGAACGCCUCCAUUCACAGUGAAAUGGUUCAAGGACGACAUGGAACUCAUCACUGGGCCAUCGUGUUGGAUUAGACUGGAGACCUACUCCUCCUCUGUAGAGCUGAACUCCGUUGGAACUCCGCAAUGUGGGAUGUAUUCCUGUCAAGUUAGCAACGAAGCCGGCUCCGUGAAAAGUGCAGCAGAGUUGUUGGUGAAAGAACCUCCUCAGUUUGUCCUUAAACUGCCUCCUACUACCUUUGUGAAGCAGUGCCAGGGACACCGCUUCCAAUGCAAGGCCACGGCCUCGCGCUCCCUGAACAUGAGUUGGUAUAAAAACGAUCAAAAGAUAACCGACGGAGGCAACUAUAAAAUAAUGUUUGUUGACUCGGCUGCGUACCUCCAACUGCGCACCACAAGCUUGGAGGAUAACGGAGUCUACACCUGUGAGGCUCACAAUGACGCUGGCAGUGCGAGCUGCAGCAGUGUCCUCUCAGUUCAAGAGUCCCCAUCCUUUAUCAAAACUCCAAACCCAGUGGAGGGCAUUGAAGGGAAAGAGGCCAGCCUACAUUGUGAGAUGUAUGGCACUCCACCUUUCCAGGUUAGCUGGUACAAAAACAAAAGGCCGCUAAAGGAAAGUAGGAAAUAUAAGAUGGUGAGUGAAGGCAGCUCUGCCACGCUUCACAUUCUGAAACUGGAGCGAGAGGACGCUGAUCUUUAUGAGUGCAGGGUGUCCAACAGUGUAGGAAGUGAAUCCUGCAGUACGACCAUUACUCUUAAAGAACAACCGGCGUUUGUCACAAAGCUGGUCGACCAAUCAGUGAGGCUCGGAGAGCAGCUGACUCUCACAGCUACAGUCAAGGGCUCUGAGCCUCUGACUGUGUCCUGGGUUCAGGAUAAAGAUCAAAUUCUCAGAGACGAUGACAACAGGAAGAUCAUGUUUGAGAACAACGUGGUAACGCUUGUUGUUCCCAAGUGUGACUCAACCACGGCUGGUCACUACACCUGCCAGCUGAAGAACGACUCUGGAGUCGUGCAGUCGGCUUCCCUCGUGGCCGUCCUAGAACCUGCUGCUAUUGUGGAUAGUCCAGACUCCUUCAACGUGAAGUCAGGGGAAAUCGCAGCUCUUGAGGUCAGAGUAUCUGGCUCUGCAGAGCUGAAAAUUAAGUGGUUCAAGAAUGACAAAGACCUCUCUGCUGGCGCCAAGUACCAGAUGUCCUUCACAAAGAAGGUUGCCACCCUAAAGAUUCGUUCUACUGACAAAGCAGAUGCUGGAGAAUACAAAUUAGAGGUCACAAACCACAUUGGUUCAGCCUCUUGCAAAACUAAACUUUCUGUCUCAGAUAAGUUGAUUCCUCCAAGUUUUAUAAGGAAGCUGAGAGACACCCACCUUGUUGUGGGUAAGCCUGGUGAGAUGGAGUGUAAAGUUACUGGUUCUUCACCUUUAACAACUUCCUGGUUCCACGAUGGCCAGGAGAUUAAGAGUGGUCCGAACUAUGACAUCAGUUGCUCUGAUAACAACUGCAAACUGAUAGUUCCGAUUAUCAGGAUGUCAGAUUCCGGCAAAUACACCUGCAAAGCUGUAAACGCUGCAGGAACCAGUGAGACAAGCACUUCCAUGAGUGUGACAGAACCUCCAUCUUUUGUGGAAACACCCGAGGCGAAGGAAAUGUUGGCUGGCAAAAAUGUGUCUUUGUCAGCUAAAGUGCGAGGCAGCGCCCCGCUGAGAGUGAAAUGGUUCAGAGGAGCCAAGGAAGUUCAGCACGGACGAGGCUGUGAGAUUUCCCUGAAGAACGACGUCGCCACUUUGGUUCUUCACAAAGUGGAAAAGUCCAACGCUGGAGAAUACACCUGCCAGGUCAUGAACGAUGCUGGGAAGGAGAGCUGCCCAGUUUACCUGUUUGUCAAAGAACCCGUUCACUUUGUGAAGAAGCUGAGGGACAUUUCCUCUGCAAAGGGAAAGCCUCUGAAGCUUGAGGUCACAUUUGCUGGAACCCCCAGGAUCAAUGUGUCCUGGAAGAAGGACGGUAAACUCAUCUGGGCCUCGUACCAGUACAAUGUGAACACCACAGACACCUCCUGCAUCCUAGAGGUUCUGACCUCUGACAGGAUGGAGGCAGCUGGAAGAUAUUCUUGCGAAAUAGACAACGGAGUUGGAAGUGACAAGUGCGAAGCCCAAGUGUCAAUUCUAGAGCAACCAUACUUUGUUGAAACCCUGGAGCCGGUGGAGGUCACUGUGGGUGAACCAGUGACCCUGAGCUGCCGUGUAGCUGGAACUCCUGACAUCUCCGUAGCUUGGUUCAAAGCUGACGGAAACCUGCGCAAGUCUGAAACUUGCUCAAUGGAUUUCUCAAAUGGUGUCGCAACUUUGAAAUUGAUGAAAACGACCAAGUUUGACCACAGUGAAUAUAUCUGCAAGGCGGAGAACCGAGUGGGUUCGGCCUCCGUCAGCUGUAAUGUGACCGUGAAAGAACCUGUGCGCUUUAUCAAAACGCUGGAGGACACAACUUUCAUAGUUGGUCAGCCACUGAAGCUCGUCUGCACCUACGCUGGGAGCCAGAGGGUCCACGUCACCUGGAAGAAGGACAACAAGCUGAUUUGGGCGUCUUAUCAAUAUAAUGUUAAAACAACCGCGUCAACCUGCAUUCUGGAGGUGCUCAACAGCGACAGACCUGAGGCAGCAGGAACUUACACUUGUGAAAUCUCCAACGGAGCUGGAACCGACGUCUGCCACGCUCGUGUCAGCCUAGAGCCCGUUCGCUUCAUGAGAAAGCUUGAAGACACGUAUUUCAGACUCCGCGAACCUUUGACCCUCAAGUGCACGUACACUGGUAGCCAACGAGUGUGUGUGACCUGGAAGAAGGAUGGCAAACUGAUCUGGGCUUCAUAUAAGUACAACGUUAAGACCACCAACGACACCUGCAUCCUGGACGUCCUCAACAGCGACAGAGAAGAGGCUGUCGGAAGAUACACCUGCGAAAUCUCUAACGCUGAAGGAUCUGACAUCUGUCAUGCUAACGUUAAACUAGAACCUGUUCGCUUUGUGAGAAAACUGAGAAACACCUUCUAUAAAAUUGGCCACCCUCUGACGCUGGAGUGCACGUUCACCGGCAGCCAGAGGAUCUCUGUCAGCUGGACGAAGGACGGAAAACCCAUCUGGGCUUCCUACAAAUACAACGUCAAGACGACCAACUUCUCCAGCACCCUGGAAGUUCUCAACAGCGACUGUCGGCAAGCCGUUGGGAAAUACUCAUGCGAGAUUUCCAAUUCUGAAGGCACUGCUAUUUGCCAAGCUGUGGUGAAGAUAGAACCUGUGAGCUUUUUAAAAGCACUGGAAGACACAACCUUCCGACUCGGCCAGCCGCUGGCGCUGUACUGCGCUUACAGCGCUAGCCCCCGCGUCUCUGUGAGCUGGAGAAAGGACGGCCGACCGAUCUGGGCCUCGUACAAGUACAACGUCCGGACCACCGAGAACGCCUGUGUCCUGGAGGUUCUUAACAGUGACCGGCUCGAAGCAACCGGGAGAUACUCCUGUGAAAUCACUAACUCUGAAAACUCUGCUAUCUGCUAUGCUCAGGUCAAAUUAGAACCUGUGCGCGUUGUGAAAGCGUUGGAGGACACCACCUACAGGGUGGGUCAGCCUCUGAAGCUGGAAGUCACGUACACGGGCAGCCAGCUCAUGUAUGUGAGCUGGAGUAAAGACGGAAAACCAAUCUGGGCUUCGUAUAAGUACAACGUCAAGACAACAGACACCAGCUGUGUGUUAGAGGUUCUCAACAGUGACAGAGAAGAGGCUGCUGGGAGAUAUUCCUGUGAAAUAUCCAAUGCUAGUAGCUCUGCUGUCUGUCACGCUCAAGUCAGACUAGAACCAGUGCGAUUCGUGAAAAAGCUAGAAGACACGUCAUACCGUGUGGGUGAUCCUUUGUGUCUGACGUGCACGUACACUGGCAGUCAGCGAGUGCACGUGAGCUGGAUGAAGGACGGGAAGCCAAUCAGCGCUUCGCAAAAGUACAACAUCAAGACGAGCGACUCCUCGUGCGUUUUGGACGUCCUCACUAGUGACAGAGAAGAAGCAGCCGGAGUCUAUUCUUGUCAACUUUCAAACGCAGAAUGCUCUGUGAUCUGUGACGCCUACGUCAUUUGUAAAAGCUCAAAGAAAGAACCUGCUCGCUUCAUUAGGAAGCUGGAAAACACCACGUUCACACUCAGCAAACCGCUGAGACUUCAAGUCGCCUUCGGCGGCAGCCAAGCAGUGAGCGUGACCUGGAGGAAAGACGGGCGGCUGAUCUGGGCGUCGUAUCAGUACAACGUGAGGACCUCAGACUGCAGCUCUGUCCUGGAUGUCCUCAACAGCGACAGAGAAGAAGCUCGGGGAAGAUACACUUGUGAAAUUUCCAAUGCCGAAGGCUCAGAUAUCUGCCAUGCUCAUGUCACACUAGAGCCCGUACGAUUCGUCAAGAAACUCCAGGACGUCUGCCACGAGCUGGGCAGACCCCUGAGGCUCGCGUGCACUUACACCGGCAGCCAGAGGGUCCACGUGACGUGGAAGAAAGAGGACAAGCUCGUCUGGGCUUCGUACCAGUACAACGUCAAAACCAGCGACUCCUCCUGCACACUGGACGUCCUGUACAGCGACAGAGUGGCAGCGGCGGGAAAAUACACCUGUGAAAUUUCCAAUGCAGAUGGAACUGACACCUGUCAUGCUCAUGUUAAAAUAGAAAGAAAGGUUCCUCCAAACUUCACCAAGAGGCCCUCGGAGUCCAUGGUGGAUUCAGUGGGUAACACGGUGAAGAUGGAGGGUCGGGUGUCUGGCUCACAGCCACUCAACGUCACGUGGUUCAAGGACAACCAUGAAAUCUAUGCCUCUGACAAAUAUGACAUCAGCUUCAAGAAUAAUGCGGCUGUGCUGUGUGUGAAAGACUCCAGCAGCUCGGACGGCGGCGCCUACAGCUGCGAGGCCACCAACGAGGCAGGAAAGGCUUCCUGUCGGGUUUCUCUCACCAUUUCAGAAACUAGCCAAGCUCCUAAAUUUGAUGUUAGCCUGGAGCCUGAGACGGUGAGCAAGGGCGAGAAGCUGAGCCUCAAAUGCCACGUGAGCGGCUCUCCUCCACUCACCAUCCAGUGGAUGAAGGACAGGAGGGAGCUGAAGUCCGGCGGAAACACCAGGAUCACGUUUGUUGGUGGGACGGCCUGUCUGGAGAUCAGCCCGGUGGCAAAGACUGACGCAGGAGAUUACCUGUGCAAGGCCAGCAAUGCCACGGGCAGCGACUUCUGCAAGUCCAGGGUCAAUGUGCAAGACAAAGGAGCCAAGGCCGCCCCUGCUGAGGCCGCCGCCCCCCCCGCCCCGGCUGCAGCGGCUCCGGUCAAAAGACUGGAGAACUUGUUCUUCAUCGAGGAAACGAAAAAUGUUUCUGUCUCAGAGAAGGGCACAGCAACCUUCAUAGCCAAGAUUGGAGGUGACCCGAUCCCGAGCGUGAAGUGGAUGAAGGGCAAAUGGAGGCAGAUCACUCCCGGUGGUCGUAUCUCCAUCCAGCAGAAGGGCCAGGAUGCCAAACUGGAGAUCCAGGAGGUGACCAAGUCGGACGCCGGGCUCUACCGAUGUGUCGCCGCCAACAAGCACGGAGAGAUCGAGUGCAGCUCUGAGAUGGAGGUUUCCAAAAAGGAGGAAGCGGAAGGACUCGGAGACAUAAGGACAAGACUGAAGAAGACUCCCUCGAAGCAGAAGAGCCCAAAGAAAGAGCUCGAGGUGAAUAUCGUGGAGUUGCUGAGAGGUAACGACCCCAAAGAUUACGAGAAGAUCCUCCAUGAACAUGGGAUCCACGACUUCCGGGCCAUCCUGCAGGCCAUGGACUUCCUGAAGAGGGAGAGGGAAAUGGAGACUGGAAAAGUGGAAGUGGAGCACGGAGGUCGGGUUGAAGAGGAGGAUGUGGCCAAAUUCAUCCAGCAGCUGGAGGGACGUGUCGCCACUGAGCCUGUCUCUGUCGUGGAGGACAUCAGUGACCAGACGGCGACUGAGAGCCAGAGCGCCACCUUCCAGUGUCAGAUCAGGAUCAACUACCCAGAGAUCGCUCUGACCUGGUACAAGGAAACACAGAAACUCGACAACAGCGACAAGUAUGACAUCAGCAGCGUGGGAGACCGCCAUUAUCUGAAGGUCCUCAACUGCCAGGGCAAAGAUCAGGGCAGCUACCGUGUUGUGUGUGGUCCUCACAUCUCCAACGCCAAACUCACCUGUUUUGAAAAACCAGACGUUAAUUGUCAUCAUCUGGUUUUAGCCGAAAAAAUUCCGUUCAGUAAAUGCAUCAGAAGCAUGGAGGUCAGUAAACGUUGCUCCGCCCCCUUCGAGUGCGAGUUGUGCUUCAACUACACCAACGUCACAUGGUACAAAGACUCAUGGGAGCUCAAAGAGAGCCCAAAUAUGACUUAUGAGUUUCAUAUUCACGGUUUAAAAACACAGGUUCCCCCUCUUCACUAAAGUACAGCAGACAUUUGAAUUGAACGUGUCUCAGAAAGUGUUAACAGGGUCUCUGCUCCGUCAGGAGUUGACUCUGUGGUCGCUGGACCGGAGCCGGAGGGAGAAGCUCCAGCUUCCGCCCAGCUUCUCCUCCCAGACAAAGACGUUGUGUUAGGAAAGGUUCCUCAGGACGUCCCCGACGUGUCGCUUCCAGCAACAGAAACAGACUCUUAUGUUUUCAGAGUGACGGAGGUUCACAGCCGAGCGGAGGAGAAACGCUUGGACGCUCCCGCUCCAGUCGAAGAACCUUCAGUUCGUGCUGAACCAGAGAAGUUCAGUCCUGAACCUUAUCAACACAAACCAACAACAGCAGAAACAAAACCUUUUCCUCCUGAGGCCAAAGUGAAGCGGGAACCUGAAGCAGUGAAAGUUGAAGCUGUGAAGAAAGAAGCAGAAGCUGCUAAAGCGAGAGUUUCUCCUCCAGAGGACAAGAAACCAUCUCCUCUGACACCAAAGGUUCCAGCAGAAAAAGUCCUUCUUCCUUCAGCUCAAGUUGCAGCGAUGCAGAGGAAACCGUCUCCUCCGGCCGCUCAGGCUGAACGCUCUCCUGUGUCGGAGGACAUGUCUCCACCUGAAGAUAUGGAACCAGUUUCAGCUCCUGGACCAACUAAAGAGCCACCUUUUAAACAGAAGGGUAAGGUUCCUGUUCAAGAGACAAAAACACCCGAUUCACCAAAGCUGAGGAGUAAAUUCACCAGAAAACCCAAAGAGAAGGAACCAGAACCAGAGAUGGUGAAGCUGAAGAAGAUUCCAGUGAAAACUCCGGAGCCUGAGAAACAAGUUGAAACUCAUAAAGCUGAAGUGACACGGCGUCACGACCCAGAAUUAAUGGCUCGUGGUCUUCAUGACAGAGAAGAUCGAGAGGUCAUAACGCUUGGAAGAACUGAUCGCCUCUUCACUGCAGAGGAAGAGACGGUUCAGCUGAGACACUUUGAGGAAGCUGAACGAGUCGUAGUCGUACAGAAAACACAGAAAGAAGGUUGGACGAGAACUGUCAAACCACAGAAGGAGCAGGAAUCUGACCGACCAAGUGUGGACAAGAAGAAAAUCACUAAACUGCCAAAGUCAGACGAGUCGAAAGAAUCAGUUAAACUCAAACCCUCUGAAAAAUCAGGAAAACCAGAAGAAGAACCGCAAAAGAUCCAACUCAAAAAGGUGCCAGCAAAGCCCAAAGAGCCAGAGAAGGAAGUCAUAACUCACAAAGUUGACACGAUAAGACAUUAUGACACAGAACUAACAGUCCAGAAGCUUCGGGACAGAGAAGAUCGAGAGCUGGUAACACUCAGCAGAAGGGAAAGAGUGUUCACUGCAGCUGAAGAGACGUCUGACCUGGGAUCUGUGCAGGAAGCUGAACAACCAGAGGCAGAAGAUGAGAAAUCAAGAUGGACCAGAACUCCUAAAGCACCGAAAGACGAAGAGCCUGAACCAGAUUUAACUAAGAAGAAAAUAAAGAAACUGUCAAAGAAGGAGGAGGAACAAGAGGUGGUGACACUGAAACCAUUCCAAAAACCUCAGAAACCUGAAGAAGCUGAGCCUCAAAAAGCUCAGAAAGAAGCUCAAGCACAGACAGAUACCAAACGAGCUCGGGUCCAGAGAGCUGAGCCGCCACAGGGAGAUCAACCCAGAGCUGCAGGAGAAGACAGAUCACAUGAAGACGUUCCUGUCAAGAGUCCAGAGGUCCUUCACCUUGUGGACAAAGACCAGACAGAAGUCCAGCUGAAGAAUAAGGUUCUGUUGAAACCUUAUUCUAAAGUCCUCAAGACGGAAGAAAAAACAGAAACAACACCUGAGGAGGAGAAGAAGAAAUCUGUGGACAUAAAAAUACCAAAGAGAAAAAGUCCAAGAGAUGAAACUCCGCUCAGAAAAGUUGAAAAGACAAUGACACCCAAAAAGGAGGAUGAGAAACCUGGAGAGAAGGAAGAAGCAGCUGUUCCACUCAAGAAAGUGAUUCCACCAGGAGAGAAGGAAGUGAUCCUGCAGAAAGAGGCCGAGAGAGAACUCCCACAAACACAAGCAGACAUCUUUAACAGAGGUGUCAAACUCCAGAAGACUCCAUCACUGAGAGUCAGGAAAGAAAAGGUAGAAGAAGAAAAGUCUCUCAAACCUUCUGAGCAGCUCAAAAAGGUGGAGCUUAAAACGACGCCUUCACCGAGAGACAAGACUGAAGCUCCGACGCUGAAGAAGGUUCUGAAGAAGCCGUCAGCAGAGGAGAAGCCUGAGAGCGUGAGGAUUCCUCUGGUGAAGGAGGUGUCUCCUGGAGCUGUGCACAUGAAGAAGGUUCCCACGCAGCCGGAGGAGGAGGUGUUCGAGGAGGAGGAGGCUGGUGAGGAGGAGGAGGAGGAGGAGGCCUGGGGCUGGGAGCUGGUUCCUCCAGACGACUGGGAUGGUGAAGGGGUUGAUGGGGUGAUGGAGACUCCAGGAAUGCCUGGCGGGAAACGAGAUGGAAAACCAUCGGAGGAGCCGGCGAAAGGCAGAGGCCGAGGACUCGGUGCGAGACAGACGCCAUCACCUGGUGACGGUGGGCGUGGCCGCGGCCUGAAGCCCGGUGGCAAAGGCCCCUCCCCUCCAGAGGAUCCCUUCGGAGGGUUCAAGCUGAAAGCCGUCCCUCUGAAGUUCAUCAAGAAGCUGAAGGACAUCGUGCUGCAGGAAGCCGAGUCCAUCGGCUCGGCCGCCGUGUUCGAGUGCGAGGUCUCACCUUCCACCGCCAUCACCACCUGGAUGAAAGAUGGCAGCAACCUGCGCGAGAGCCCCAAGCACAAGUUCACCUCUGACGGCAAAGAUCGCAAGCUGAACAUUAUUGAUGUUCAACUGUCCGACACUGGUGAAUACAGCUGUGUGGCCAAGAACGCUGGAAAGGAAAUAACGUGCACAGCCAAGCUCAUCGUAGAAGAGCUUCCUGUGAAGUGGAUCAAGGAGCUGGAGCCAGAGACCACGUGUAUGAAGAGUCAGCCCAUGUAUCUGACCUGCGAGCUGAACAAAGAGAGGGAGGUCGUCUGGAAACGGAACGGCGUUCUCCUCAAGCAACAGGCCGGGAAGGUCGCCAUCAACAUCAUCGGGAUGCAGCACGCCGUGACCCUCCAGAACGCCACGGAGGCCGACGCCGGCGCCUACACGUGUGAGGUGGACGGACAGGAGGAGGUCAAGACCACGACCAACGUGAAAGUGAUCGAAAUCAUCAAGGACUGGCUGGUGAAGCCUCUGAGGGACCAGCACGUGAAGCCCAAGGCCAAGGCCACCUUCAAGUGCGAGCUGUUCAAGGACACGCCCAACUGGAAGUGGUUCAAGGGCGACGAGGAGCUGGCGCCUUCAGACAAGGUGGAGGUCAACAAGGACGGGAAGGACGUGACUCUGACUGUCAACAACUGUCAGCCCGACGACGUGGCCGACUACACCAUCCAGGUGGAGGAUCGCAGAUACUCCGCCAAGCUCACGCUGGGAGAGCGUGAGGCGGAGGUCCUGAAGCCGCUGGCCAGCGUGGAGGUGGUGGAGAAGGAGGAGGCGACCUUUGACACUGAGAUCUCUGAGGAGGACGUGGUGGGAGAAUGGAAGCUGAGAGGACAAGUUCUGACCAGAUCCCCGACGUGCGACAUGAGAAGUGUCGGCAGGAAACGUUUCCUGACGCUGAAGAACGUGCAGCUGGAGCAGGCGGGGGAGGUGUCCUACCAGGCGCUGAACGCCGUCACCAGCGCCAUGCUCACUGUCACAGAGAUCCAAAUGGGAUUUAUCGAUCAGCUGAAGGACGUUUCAGUGCCUGAGAAGAAACAGGCUAAGUUUGAAUGCACAAUCACCAAGGAUGUGCCAAAGGUCAUGUGGUUCAGGGGGGCGGAGAUAGUCACCCCGAGCCCCAAAUAUGAAAUAAUAGACGAUGGGAAGAAACACAUGCUGAUCAUUAACAGCUGUGAGUUUGAGGACGAGGCUCAGUACACCGUGGAGGUGUUGGGACACAAGUCCAGCGCUCAGCUGGCGGUGGAAGGCAUGAGGCUGAAGUUUGUGCAGCAGCUUCAGGACCAAACAGUGAAAGAAGGUCAAACGGUGACCUUCCAGCUGGCGCUGAGUCACGAGAACGUGCCGGUGGUUUGGUACCGAAACGAAGUGAAACUUCACGUGAGCCGCUCGGUUCUCACACAUGUGGAAGGGAAGACACACAGUCUAGAAAUGAGGACGUUGACUCUCGAUGAUACCUGCCAGAUAAAGGCAGAAGCCAAAGGACUUUUCACUGUGGCUAAACUGACGGUGAUAGAGGGCGACGCCGUCUUCGUGGUGAAGCUGCAGGACUACACGGCCACGGAGAAGGACGAGGUGUCUCUGGACUGUGAACUGAGCAAAGACGUCCCGGUCAUGUGGUACCACGAGGAGAAGGAGGUCAUCACCUCCAAGAUGGUGGUGAUGAGGUCAGAGGGCAAUCGCAGGUCUCUGGUCCUGAAGAAAGUGGAGUCGGGCGACAGAGGGAAAUACGUAUGUGACUGUGGAACCGACAAAACCUCGGCCAACAUCAACAUCGAAGCUCGCGACAUCAAGGUCGUGCGGCCGAUCUACGGCGCCGAGCUGUUUGACGGAGAGACGGCUCGCUUCGAGGUGGAGAUCUCCGAGGACGACGUGCACGGCCAGUGGAAACUGAACGGAGAAGUCCUCAGUCCUUCCUCCGACAUCGACAUCAUCGAGGAGGGAGGCAAACACACUCUGAUCCUGUACAACUGCAGAGUCUCCAUGACCGGGGAGGUGGCCUACUCGGCCGCCAACGCCAAGUGUUCAGCCAACCUGAAGGUCAAAGAACUCCCUCUGAACUUCCUGGCGGCGCUGAACGACGUGCAGGUGUACGAGAAGGACGAGGCGCGGUUCGAGAUCGAAGUGUCUCGGGUGGCGAAGAGCUUCCGCUGGCUGAAGGGCUCGCAGGAGCUGCAGAGCGACGCCAAGUACCAGAUCUCACAGGAGGGCAACAUGUACGUUCUGGCCAUCCAAUCGGCCGCCUACGAGGACGAGGCCAAGUACAUGUUCGAGGCCGAGGACAAGAGGACGACCGCCAAGCUGGUCAUACAGGGAAUCCGUCUGGAGUUCGUCAAACCGAUCAAGGACGUGACGGUGAAGGAGCGGGAAACGGCCGAGUUCAGUUUCGAACUCUCCCAUGAAAAAAUCUCUGUAGUUUGGUACAAAAACGACGUCCGUCUUCUUCCCAGCAAAGUGGUGCACAUGUCGGAUCAGGGGAAGAUCCACACGCUGGCCUUCAAGGAGGUCACCAUCGACGACACGUCCAUGAUCAAAGUGGAGGCCAUGGACAAGACCGUGACCGCCAUGCUCACCGUCAUCGAGGGCGACCUCUACUUCACCACCAAGCUGCAGAACUACACGGCCGUGGAGAAGGACGAGGUGAAGCUGGUCUGUGAACUGAGCAAAGCAGCCGCAGACGUCAAAUGGUUCAAGGACGGACAGGAAGUGACUCCGUCCAAGAACAUCGCAAUCAGCACGGACGGGAAGAGACGCAUCCUGAUGGUCAGGAAGGCGGAGAAAGCAAACACGGGAUCGUACACCUGCGACUGCGGCUCCGAUAAGACGACAGCAAACCUCAACAUCGAAGAGCGCGACAUCAAGGUGGUGCGACCUCUGUACAGCGUGGAGGUCACAGAGACAGAGACAGCCAAGUUCGAGACGGAGAUUUCAGAGGAGGACGUCCACGGGAACUGGAAGCUGAAAGGAGAACCUCUGCACCAGUCGCCUGACGUUGAAAUCAAAGAGGAGGGAACCAAACACAUGUUGAUCCUGUUCAACGUGCGUAUGGACAUGGCAGGGGGCGUCGACUUCUGUGCAGCCAACGCCAAGUCCAACGCUCAGCUCCGGGUCAAAGCUCGCUCCAUCGGGCUCACGCGUCCCCUGCAGGACGUGACGGUGACGGCCGGAGAGACGGCGACCUUCGAGUGCGAGCUGUCGUACGAAGGCAUCGAGCUGCAGUGGUUCCUGGGAGGAAAGAAGAUGGAGGCCAGCGACCGGGUGAAGACCCGUGUGGCCGGGCGGGUUCACGCUCUGACCGUCAGAGACGUGACGCUGGCGGAGGCCGGCGAGGUCAAACUCACCGCCACCGACUUCCAGACGCAGGCUCAGCUCAUCGUCAGGGAGCCAGCAGUGGAGUUCACGCAGCCCCUGGUGGACCAGACGGUGGAGGAGGAGGCGACCACCACGCUGGAGUGUGAAGUUUCCAGAGAGAACGCAGAAGUUCAGUGGUUCAGAGAAGGACAAGAGAUCCGGAAGACCAAGAAGUACGACCUGCUCGCCGACGGCCGCAAGAGGGCGCUAGUGAUCCGCAGCUGCACGCCGGACGACGCCAAGAUGUACACAUGUGACACCAAGGAGUUCAAGACUUCCUGUUUCCUGGAGGUCACACCUCCACACGUGGAGUUCACCAAGCCCCUGAAGGACGUGGAGGUCAAAGAGAAGGAAUCUGCCAAGUUUGAAUGUGAAGUGUCCCGCGAGUCCGCCAAGGUUCGAUGGUUCAAGGACGGCAGCGAGAUCAGGAAAGGAAAGAAGUACGAGAUGGUUUCUAAGGGGGUCCAGAGGAUCCUCAUGGUCCACAAGUCUGUGUUCGACGAUGAGGCCGAGUACGAGUGCGACGCCAGAACCUCCAAGACGUCCGGCCUGCUCACCGUCACCGAGGAGGCCGCCAGAUUCACCAAGAACCUGUCCAACGUGGAGGGAACCGAGACGGACAGCGUGAAGAUGAUCUGCGAGGUGUCCAAGGCUGGCGCCGAGGUCACGUGGUUCCUAGGAGAGCAGGAGCUGCCGGAGGGAGGACGCUACGAGCAGAUCAUGGACGGACGCAAGAGGAUCCUGAUCAUCCAGGACCUGAGGAUGGAAGACGCCGGCGAGUACAACUGCCGCCUGAGUCCGAGCGUCAAGACGUCGGCCGCGCUCAAACUGAACGAACUGGCAGCUGAGUUCAUCGCUCGUCCUCAGAACCAGGAAGUGGUGGAGGGAGAGAAAGUCGAGUUCGCCUGCUCCGUUUCUAAGGAAACGCACGAGGUGAAGUGGUUUAGAGGAGAUGAGGAGGUGGAGUCCGGGGACAAGUACAGUAUAAUCAGUGAAGGAAAGAGACGGGCUCUUAUUGUGAAGGACUGCAAACUGAAGGAUGAGGGCGGGUACGUGGCGCUGAUCGGAAGCGUCCGAGCGUCAGCUGACCUGCUGGUCAUCGAAAAACUGAGGAUCAUCACGCCCAUCAAAGACACGGAGGUGAAGGAAGGAAGCGAGAUCGUCUUCAACUGUGAGAGCAACACGGAGGGAGCCAAGGCCAAGUGGCUGAAGAACGAGGAGACCAUCUUCGAGAGCAGCAAGUACAUGAUGUCUCAGAGGGACAACGUCCUGUCUCUGAGGAUCCGAGACGCUCAGAAGAGCGACGAGGCCGUGUACACCGUCAGCCUGGCCAAUCACAGAGGAGAACAGGCCAAGUGCAGCGCCAGCGCCAAGGUCAAAGCGGAGAAGCUGAAGUUCCUGGAGCCAAUCGAGGACAUCGAGACCCAGGAGAAGAAGACCAUCAGCUUCACCUGCAAGGUGAACCGGCCCGAGGUGAGCGUGAGGUGGAUGAAGGCCGGCGUGGAGCUGACGCUCAGCAAACGCGUCGUCUACCGAGCCGACGGCCUCAAGCACACGCUGACCAUCAAGGACUGCGUCAUGGCCGACGAGGGCGAGUACACGGCGCUGAUCGGAGACGUGAAGUGUGCGGCGGAGCUGAUCAUCAGCGAGGCGCCGACCGACUUCACCACGCAGCUCAAAGACCAGACCAUCACCGAGUUCCAGGACGCAGAGUUCGUCUGCAAGCUGAGCAAAGAGAAGGCGUCGGUCAAGUGGUACAGGAACGGACGUGAGAUCCGAGAAGGAGCCAGAUAUCACAUGGAGAAAGAAGGGAACGUGUGCAGACUGAUCAUCAAGGUGUGCAGACCCGAUGAUGAAUGUGAAUAUGCUUGUGGAAUAGACGAGAGAAGGAGCAGAGCCAGACUCUUUGUUGAAGAGACGCCGGUGGAGAUCGUCCGAGCGCCACAGGACGUGUUCCAGCCCCCGGGCUCGGACAUCGUGUUCGAGGUGGAGCUGAACAAGGACCGAGUGGAGGUGAAGUGGUUGAGGAACAACAUGAUCAUCGUCCAGGGAGACAAGUACCAGAUGAUCAGCGAGGGCAAAGUCCACCGCCUGCAGGUGUGUGAGAUCCGACCUCGAGACCAGGGCGAGUACAGGAUCGUCGCCAAAGACAAAGACGCCAAAGCCAAGCUGGAGCUGGCGGCUGUUCCCAAGAUCAAAACCACCGACCAGAACCUGGUGACGGACGCCGGGAAACCCUUCGUCAUGAGCGUGCCCUACGACGCGUACCCGCGGGCCGAGGCUGAGUGGUUCCUGGAGGGAUCCAGUCUUCCCGUCCAGAACAUCGACACGUCCGCUGACAAGACCGAGUUCCGUUUGAAGAGCCCGGUGAAGGGCGACCGGGGCCGCUACCGAGUGCUGAUCCGAAACAAGCACGGCGAGGGCGAGGCCAUCAUCCACCUGGACGUGAUCGACGUCCCCGGAGCGGUGAAGAACCUGAGAGUGGUCGACACUGCUAAUGGAGAGGUCAGUCUGGCGUGGGAGGAGCCUCAGAGCGAUGGUGGAAGCAAGAUCGUUGCUUACGUGGUGGAAAGACGAGACGUGAAGCGUAAGACCUGGACGCUGGCCACAGAUCGGGCGGAUGCUCUGGAGUACUGCGUCGGCGGCCUCCAGAAGGAGGCGCUCUACCUGUUCAGAGUCUGUGCACGCAACCGAGUCGGGAGCGGACCCACGCUCGCCACCGAGGACGCCGUUCAGGCCAAGAACAAGUUCGACGUUCCUGACGCUCCAGAGAACGUCGCCGUCGCCAGCGUGAACAAGUUCGGUGCCACCGUCACCUGGGCGCCGCCCAAGUUCGAUGGCGGCUCUGAGAUCACGGCCUAUGUGAUCGAGCUGCGCGACAGGACCUCUGUCAAGUGGGAGGCGGCCCUGGUCUGCAGCGCCGCCGACCUUUCGGCUGCACUGAACGACGUCGUGGAGAACAAAGAGUACAUCUUCAGAGUCCGGGCAGAGAACAAGGCCGGCGUCGGCCGAGCCAGCGCCGCCACGAAGCCCGUGAAGAUCAUGGAUCCCAUCGAGAGGCCGAGCCCACCGCAGAACCUGAACCACAGCGACCAGAUCAGCUCCGCCCUCAGUCUGACCUGGGAGACGCCCACCAGCAACGGCGGCAGCAUGAUCACCGGCUACAUCAUCGAGAAAAGUGACGAAGGCAGCGACAAGUGGCUCCGCUGCAACGCCAGGCUGUGUCCGGAUCUGUCCUACCGGGUGUCGGGUUUGAAACCGGGUCAGAAGUAUUUCUACAGAGUCUCAGCUGAGAACGCUGCCGGCCUCUCCGAUCCGGCCAAUCAGGUCGGGCCGCUGCUCGCUGACAACCCUCACGUCGGUCCGACCUUUGACCUCAGCGCCUUCAGGAACGGCCUGGAGGUCAUCGUCCCUCAGCCCCUGACCAUCAGGGUCCCGAUCAGCGGGUACCCGACCCCCGUGGCCAAGUGGACCUUCGGAGAGAAGGAGCUGACCACGGCGGACGAGCGCGUCGCCAUGGUAACCAAGCCCACCUUCACGGAGCUGACGGUCGCCCCGAGCGUCCGUCCGGACAAAGGCAGCUACGCUCUGCAGCUGGAGAACGACGUGGCGUCCGUGUGCGGCGAGAUCGAGGUCAACGUCAUCGCAUGCCCCAGUGCUCCGAAGGACUUCAAGGUGGCUGAGGUGACACGUCACCACGUCCACAUGAUGUGGGAGGCGCCCGAGCACGAUGGAGGAAGUCCUGUGACCCACUACCAGAUCGAGAAGAGAGAAGUGUCUCGCAAGACCUGGGCCAAGGUGGCGACUGGCGUGCUGGACCUGGAGCACACGGUGACAGACGUGAUUGAAGGGAAGGAGUAUCUGUUCAGUGUCAUCGCCUGGAACAAGUGCGGCGCCGGCGAACCGGCGUACAUCGACGAGCCCGUGAACGUCUCCUCUCCUGCCACUGUUCCUGAUCCUCCUGAGAACCUGAAGUGGCGUGACAAGAGCGGCAAGAGCAUCUUCCUGUUCUGGGAGCCGCCGAAGUACGAUGGCGGCGCCCACAUCAAAGGUUAUGUUGUUGACAAGUGUCAGCGUGGAACCGAUAAGUGGGAACCGUGCGGUGACCCCAUCCCUGAGCUCAAGUUCCAGGUGGGCGGUCUGAUUGAGGGUCACUGGUACGCCUACAGAGUGCGAGCGUUUAACAAGCUGGGCGCCAGUCGUCCGUGCCGAGCGACGGAUGAGAUCCAGGCGGUGGACGCUCGAGAACCGCCAGAGAUCCAGCUGGACGUGAAGCUGCUGGCUGGUCUGACCACGAGAGCCGGGACCAAGAUCGAGCUUCCCGCUGAUGUCAAAGGAAAACCCGAUCCCCGCGUGAAGUGGACCAAGGCCGACCACGUCCUGAGAGCCGACAACCGCAUCGCCAUCGACACGCAGCCGGGACACUCCAAGCUGUCCAUCGCCGACUCCACACGAGGAGACACCGCCACCUACAUCAUCGAGGCCGUCAACACGUGUGGACGCGCCACCGCCACCAUCGACGUCAACAUCCUUGAUAAACCUGGACCUCCUGCUGCCUUCGAUAUCUCUGAGGUCACCAACAGUUCCUGCCUCAUGGCCUGGAACCCCCCCCGAGACGACGGCGGCUCGGCCAUCACCAACUACAUCGUGGAGAGUCGUCUGACGGACAAAGAGGAGUGGGUGAAGCUGUCGGCCACCAUCAAGCACACCACCUUCAAAGCCUGCAAGCUCAGCGCCAUGAAGGAGUACGUGUUCAGGGUCAGCGCUGAGAACCAGUACGGAAUCGGUGCUCCUGCAGAGCAUGUGCCAAUCGUUGCAAAGUAUUCCUUCGAUCCUCCUGGAUCCCCGACCCGAGUCACACCCUCUGAGGUCGCUAAGGACGCCGUGACGCUGACCUGGUUCGAGCCGGACGAGGACGGCGGCAGUCCCAUCACCGGAUACUGGAUCGAGAAGUUCGAUCCUGAGAGCGACAAGUGGAUCAGAUGCAACAAGCUGCCCAUCAAAGACACAACCUUCAGGGUGAAGGGACUGCCCACCAAGAAGAAGUACCGCUUCCGUGUCCUGGCUGAGAAUCUGGCUGGACCUGGGAAUCCCAGCGUGGAGACCGACCCUGUCCUCAUCAAAGAUCCCAUCGAUGCACCAUGGGCUCCUGGUAAACCUGUCAUCAGGGACAUCGGGAAGACCUCGGCGCUGCUGGCCUGGACCCGGCCGGAGCACGAUGGUGGAGCCAAGAUUGAAGGCUAUAUCAUCGAGUUCCAGAAGACUGGAAGUGAGGAGUGGAUCCGGAUCGCAGAGGACAUUCCUCAGACCGAGCACCAGCUGCAGGGUCUGAUGGAGAAGCAGGAGUACUCCUUCAGAGUCAAGGCUGUCAACAAGGCCGGCGAGAGCGAAGCCAGCGAGCCCAGCGAGCCGGUGGUCUGCAAGGAGAGACUCUAUGCUCCCUCAGCUCCUCAGUGGCUGGAGGUGACUAACAUCACCAAGAUCAACGCCGCCCUGAAGUGGCAGGCGCCCAGCAGCGAUGGAGGCUCGCCCAUCACCAGCUACGUGGUGGAGAAGAGGGACGUGAGGCGGAAGGCUUGGCAGUCGGUGGACACCACCGUCAAGGAGCUCAAGUACACCGUGAGCCCUCUGAACGAAGGGUCGCUGUACGUGUUCCGCGUCGCGGCGGAGAACGCCGUCGGGACGAGUGAAUUCUGUGAGCUGGAGGACGCCGUGCUCGCCAAAGACACGUUCACCACUCCUGGACCUCCGUACGCUCUGACGGUGGUGGAGGUCACCAAGAGACACGUGGAGCUGAAGUGGGAGGCGCCCAAGAGCAACGGGGGACGACCGAUAACCAAGUACGUGAUUGAGAAGAAAGAGAAGUUGGGAACUCGUUGGUUGAAAUCCUGCAAGACUCCAGACAAACAGACUCAGUUCAAGACCACGGAUGUAGACGAAGGGUCGGAGGUUCAGUUCCAGGUCCGAGCAGAGAACGAGGCCGGAGUCGGAGAUCCCAGCGAACCCACCGAGGUUCUCACCAUCGAAGAUGCAACCAGCGCCCCGUCUCCUCCUCUGGAAGUCGCUGUGCCGGACGCCAGCAGGGAGCACAUCAACGUCACCUGGAAGCCUCCCACCAAAGAUGGCGGCUGCCCGAUCACAGGCUACCACGUGGAGGUGGCCGAGGCUCGUCCGGAGCUGAAGUGGCUCCGGGUCAACAACAGACCCGUCAAAGAGCUCAAGUUCAGGAUCGACGACGGAAUCAAACCCGAGAAGAAGUACGUCAUCAGAGUUCGUGCCAUCAACUCUAUCGGUACUAGUGAUCCAUCCGAGAUCUCCGACAAGGUCUCCACCAAAGAUCCAGACUGUGCUCCAACUCUGGACUUAGAGGCACAGGACGUGGUCGUGGUUGAAGGUGAGAAGCUGCACCUGAACAUCCCCUACAGGGCCAUCCCCACCCCCAAGAUGACGUGGCAGAAGGACACGGUGGAGUGCAAGGCCGGCGAGCGUCUCUCCAUGACCGUGGAGAUGAACAGCGCUCACCUGGAGCUGCUCAAGUGCACACGUGCUGACGCGGCUGCGUAUGUCAUCACGCUGGAGAACAGCCUGGGAACUGCAACCGGAACCGCCAACGUCAAGGUCAUCGGACUCCCCGGGAAGUGUAAACACAUCACGUCCAGCGACGCCACUAAGAACUCCUGCAAGGUCAGCUGGGAAGCCCCAGAGGACGAUGGCGGCACGCCCGUCCUCAGCUACAUCCUGGAGCGCCGCGAGGCCUCCAAGAAGACCUACAUGCCUGUGACCUCAGGAGAGAACGUCCUGACCUGCUCCGUCAAAGACCUGUUCAUCAACUGCGAGUACUACUUCAGAGUGAAGGCGCUCAACAAGGUCGGAGCUGGAGAAUAUCUGGAGCUACAGAACCCGGUCAUCACCGAGGAAAUCAAACAGAAACCAGACCCUCCCAUCCAGGUGGAGGCGCUGGACCCGACGUCCAAGUCCCUCACGGUCACGUGGAAAGCUCCGGACUCCGACGGCGGCUGUCCCAUCCAGGGCUACAUCGUGGAGAAGAUGGAGAAGGAUGGCGACCGCUUCGAGAGAGUCAGCCCGAGCCUGGUGCCCGGCCUGAGCUUCGUGGUGACAGACCUGACGGAGGACACGGAGUACCAGUUCAGGGUCCGAGCCGAGAACGCCGCUGGAGUCAGCGAGCCGUCACGCAGCUCGCAGCUCGCCAAGGCCGCGGAUCCCGUCGAAAAACCAAAGGUCACGCUCCACGCCCGUGUUCAGUCCGGUUUGUGCAUCAAGAAGAACGAGGAGAUCCGUAUCGACGCCUUCAUCUCCGGGUCUCCGUAUCCUAAAGUCACGUGGAUGAGGAACGACGAGGACGUGACCAAGGAACCGACCAAGAGCAUCGUUCCUGUGCUGAAGAAGAAGAAGAAGAGCAGGACCAAGGUCAGAGUUCCAGAACCCGAGCAGGUGUUUGUGUCUCCGCUGCGUGAGCGUCUGGGUCUGGAUCAGACUCAGAAGGGUCAGACCGCCCUGAUGAUCCGCGAGGCCACCAGACUCGACCACGGGAACUACACCAUCAAGGUGGAGAACACUCAUGGCGUCGCCACGGCAACCUGCAUUGUCAACGUCCUCGACAAACCCGGCGCUCCGAUAAACUUCACCUUCGAUGACAUCAGAAACACGUCAGUCAUCUGUAACUGGGAGGAGCCUGAAGAUGACGGCGGCAGCGAGAUCCUGAGCUACUUCCUGGAGAAGAAGGACAACAGGAACGACCAGAGCGACUGGAUCACCGUCAGCUCCACGCUGAAGGGAACCAGCUGCACCAUCACCAAGCUCAUCGAGGGGAAGGAGUACGUCUUCAGAGUCUCAGCGGAGAACAAGUUCGGCCUCGGGCCGCCGUGCGCCUCCCAGCCGCUGGUCGCCAAGAACCAGUUCGACGUUCCCGACGCCCCCAACACGCCACGAGUCCACGAGGUGAGGGCGAGCUCCGCCCACAUUUCCUGGCACGAGCCGAAGGACAACGGCAGCCCGAUCCUGGGCUACUGGAUCGAGAGGAAGGAGGUGAACAGCAAACACUGGACCCGAGUGAACCGCGCCCUGCUCAGCUCUCUGGAGGUGAAGAUCAGCGGCCUGAUGGAGGGACUCACCUACGUCUUCAGAGUGUGUGCGGAGAACCUGGCCGGGCCCGGGCCCUUCAGCGAGCCCUCAGAACGCACCCUCGCCAUGGACGCCAUCCUGCCUCCUGGUCCCCCGACGCCAUGGAUCGUAGACACCGGGAAGAACUCCGUGGUGGUGGCGUGGAAGCCGCCGCUGUACAACGGCGGAGGAGACAUCCUAGGGUACCACUUGGAAAAGGUUUUGGCGGGAGAGAAGAACUGGAGUCGCAGCACCGAGUUCAGGUGCAAGGAGCUGACGUACACAGUGACAGGCCUGACCGAGGGAGCCGAUUAUUACAUCAGAGUCAUCGCCAUCAACGACGCCGGCCCCGGAGCGCCCGGCGUCACCGAGCCCGUCACCGUCAUGGAGCCUCAAGUUCCUCCCGCGGUGGACUUUGAUGACUCUGUGAAGAACGGCGUCUUCAUCAAGGCGGGCGAGUCUCUGAGGCUCCCGGCCGUGGUGACUGGUCGACCCCAGCCAGAGGUCAAGUGGGCCAGGGACGAGGGCGAGGUUGACAAAGGGAGGAUGAUUGUGGAGACAGAGGGAAAGAACAGCACUUUGUUCAUCAAGAAGACCGUCAGGGCCGAUCACGGAAAGUACCAGGUCUCUGGAACCAACAGCAGCGGAACCAAGACGGCUGAGACCAGAGUGGACGUCAUGGAUGUUCCUGGACCUGUGGUCGACCUGAAGACGGUGACUGUAACCAAAAAGAACAUCACCCUCACCUGGUCCGACCCCUUGGACAACGGUGGCAGCGACAUCGUCGGCUAUGAGGUUCUGAGGAAAGAUGCCAAGAUGAAACUCUUCCGCCAGCCCAUUGAGGUAGCUUCCUGUAAGUGUGAUGUCCAGGGCCUGCUGGCCGGGGAGGAGUACGACUUCAGGGUCAUCGCCAGGAACAAGUAUGGUGAUGGAGCUCCUGCUGACCUGGGACCAAUCCUGGCUGAGGAUGCCAAAGGAACUCCGUCUGCCCCCGAGAAGCUGCACUACACCGACAGAAGCAUGAGCACCAUCGCUCUGGCCUGGGAGCCGCCUCGCACCGACGGAGGAAGCCCCAUCGCAGGCUACUAUGUGGAGAAGAUGAGGUCCGAUGGAACAGAGUUCGAAGUGGCCAACCGCAAGAUGUUCACAGAGUGCUGCGGAACCCUGGAGAACCUGUCGGAGAACCAGGAUUACCAGUUCCGUGUCAUGGCCGUGAAUGAGGUUGGGAACGGAGAACCUUCCAAACCAAUCACCGUGAAGAUCAUGGACGAUGAAAUCGCUCCUGUGAUCACGAUCCUGAAGUUCUUCAAGAGGAACUCAAUCAUCGUGAAGAAAGGUUCCGCCAUCGACAUCCCAGCUGAGGUGAAGGGACUUCCUCUUCCAACCUUCCACUGGAUGAAGGACGACGUGGUGCUGGAGAAGCCGGAAGGAGAGAAGAUGACAAUAGAAGCUGAGGAGGUCAACAAAACAACUCUGACAACAAAGAUUGCCAUCCCACAAACCAUCCGGCCGGACAAGGGCAACUACAAGCUGGUGGCUGAGAACUGCUUCGGCAAAGCUCAGCAGGUCAUCAGAGUGGAGAUCCUCGACCGACCUCUUCCUCCAAGGAACCUGGUGGUCUCGGACAUCAAGGCGGACUCGUGCUACCUGACCUGGGACGCCCCCGAGGACAACGGUGGCAGCGAGAUCACAAACUACAUCCUGGAGAGCAGAGACGCCAGCAAGAAGAAGUCUGACUACGAUGUGGUCACCGUCCACCUGAUCGACAGGAGAUACGCGGUUCACAAGCUGGACCUGAACGGUUCCUACCAGUUCCAGAUCAAAGCCGAGAACAAGUUCGGCGCCAGUGACGGCUGCGAGUCAGAGAAGGUGCAGCUGAGGGAUCCCUUCGGCCUGCCGGGACCCCCCCGCAACCCCAAGAUCAUCGCCGCCACGGCGACCACCAUGACCGUGACCUGGGACCCGCCCCUGGACAACGGCGGCUCCACCAUCCAGGGCUACUGGCUGGAGAAGAGGGAGCGCGGCGCCAUCUACUGGGGGCGUGUCAACCGAGCUCCCGUCACCAAGCCGGCGGUGAAGGGUCUUCAGUACACCGUGCUGCGGCUCAUCGAAGGAACCGAGUACAUGUUCAAGAUCGCCGCCUGCAACGCGGCCGGGGUCGGCCCCCCCAGCGAGGCCACGGAGUGCCGCCUCACCGAGGACCCCUGCAACCCUCCCGGCUCACCUGGAGCCCCCGAGGUUAAAGACAAGACCAAGAGCAGCGUCACGCUCAGCUGGUCGCCGCCAGACAAAGAUGGCGGCAGCCCCGUCAAGGGUUACAUCAUCGAGGUCCACGAGGAGGGCUCUCCCGAUUGGAGGAGGGUGACCCCCGGCGAGAAGCUGCACCCGUCCACCGAGGUCACCGUGCCCGACCUGAAGGAGGGCAAGAAGUGCAAGUUCAGGAUCUACGCCGUGAACGCCGCCGGCAGCUCGGAGCCGGCGCGGCUGGCGGACGUCCUGGUGCAGGACAUCCUGAUCGAGCCGAGCGUGUCUCUGGACCUGAGCGCUAACGACCUGAUGAACUGCAGAGCAGGAACAGCCAUCAAGAUCCACGCCACCAUCUCCGGACGCCCGGUCCCCAGAGUCACGUGGACCUUCGAUGGAACCGCAGAGACGGAGAAGAAGAACGAGAUCCACACGCUUCCCGUGGACUCAGAGAUCUCCUCCACCGACACGACCUCUGUGGUUAUUAUCCCAGCGUGCAAACUGAACCACAGUGGCCGAUUCAUCAUCAACGCUGAGAGUGCGGCUGGUCACAAGGUGGUGAAGGUCCGAGUCAACGUGCUCGACCUGCCCGGACCCCCCCGGGAGCUGAAGGUCAGCGAUGUGACCAGAGGAACCUGCCGACUCACCUGGAGAGCUCCCGAGUGCGACGGAGGAGACCGAGUGAAGAGCUACUUCAUCGAGAAGAAGACGCUGACGGGCAGAGCCUGGACCAAGGUGAACCCAGCCUGUGCUGCUCAGUCCCUGGUGGUUCCAGACCUGAUGGACGGUCAGGACUACCUGUUCCGCAUCCGGGCGGAGAACCGCUUCGGCUUCAGUCCAUUUGUCGAGACCCUCGAGAUAACCAAAGCCAGAGAUCCCAUCCAUCCCCCUGAUCCUCCCACCAGGCUGAAGAUCCAGAACGUGAGGAAGGGCACGGUGACUCUGACCUGGAAGGCUCCGAAGAACGACGGCGGUUUACCUGUGACUCACUACAGCGUGGACCUCCUCUGCUGGGAGGCCGGCCGCGCCGAGAAGGAGUCGUGGAGGAGGUGCAACAGGAGAGACGUGGACACCACCAGCUUCAAGGUGGAGGAUCUGACCGAAGGAGACGAGUACGAGUUCAGAGUGAUGGCGCACAACGAGGCCGGAGCCAGCCGACCCUCCACCACCGUGGGACCCAUCGUCAUCCAGGACCAGACCUGCGCUCCGUCCAUCGAGCUGAAGGAGUUCAUGGAGCGCGAGCAGGGCAGUGACAUCAGCAUCGUGGCCAAGAUCCACGGCUGUCCCUUCCCCACACUCACCUGGCACAAAGCCCCCCCCCACCAGGCCGACGCCAAGGUGGAGGUUCAGUACGACGAGCACAUCAACAAACUUGUGUCGGAUGAAAGCUGCACGCUGCUCAUCCAGCAGGGCAAGCGCCCGGACACCGGCCUGUACACGCUGGUGGCGUCCAACAGCCUGGGCAAGGCGUCCAGGGAGAUGAGGCUCAACGUGCUCGGUCGACCAGGUGCUCCCUCUGCUCCCAUUAAGUUUGAGGAGAUCGGAGCGGAGAGGAUCACGCUCUCCUGGCUCCCGCCCAAGGACGACGGAGGCUCCAAGCUCACAAACUACGUGAUCUGGAAGCGGGAGGCGUGCAGGACCAACUGGGUGCCUGUCACCAGCGAACCCAAAGACCGGAUCUGGACGGUGGAGAGCCUGAUGGAGGGACACGAGUACGUGUUCCGGAUCAUGGCCCAAAACAAAUAUGGCGUCGGAGAGCCGCUGGACAGCGAGCCCGAGGUCGCCCGGACCCUCUACACCGCCCCUGGUCAGUGUGAGAAGCCCACGGUCACCAGCGUGACCAUGGACUCCAUGACGGUGAACUGGGAGGAGCCAGAGGACGACGGUGGCACCCCCAUCGUCGGCUACUGGCUGGAGCGUAAAGAGACCACAGGCAAGCGCUGGACUCGCGUGACCCGCGACCCCAUCCGUCCCAUGAGCCUGGGCGAGUCCAUGGUGGUCACCGGACUCAUCGAGGGAUCCCAGUACCUGUUCAGAGUCUCCGCCAUCAACGCUGCUGGACCGGGACUCGCCAGCCCCCCCACAGACCCCAUCUUUGCCAGAGACCCCAUCUCUCCGCCCUCUCCUCCAACCCCCAAGGUUUCUGAUUGGACGAGGUGCACCGUGGACCUGAUGUGGAUCCCGCCCUUGAAGGACGGAGGCUCGAAGAUCCUUGGCUACUGGGUGGAGUUCAAGGAGGAGGGCACAGAGGCCUGGGUGAAGGCAAAGGAAACAGAAAUCCGUGGCACUCGUUUGGUGAUCACCGGUCUGAAGACUGGUGGUCAGUACCGCUUCAGGGUCACCGCCUUCAACGCUGCAGGUAACGGCGAGCCAGGGGAAGUCCCGGAGCUGCUGGAGGUCAACGACAGAACCAUUGCUCCUGAAGUGGACCUGGAUGCUUCGGUCAAGGAGAGGAUGGUGGUCCACGCCGGCGGCGUGAUCCGCAUCAUCGCCUACGUGUCUGGCCAGCCGUCCCCAGACGUCACCUGGAGUCGAGAUGGAGCUGCGCUGCCCCCGGAGGCCAAAGUGGAGACGACAGCCAUCAGCUCCUCUCUGGUCAUCAAACCCUGCACCAGGAGACACCUGGGCGUUUACACUCUGACCGCCAAGAACGCAGGAGGCGAGAAGACCAAGAACAUCACUGUGGAAGUUCUGGACGUCCCCGGACCUGUUGGCAUCCCCUUCACUGCGGAGAACCUGAGCAGCGACUCCUGCAAGCUCAACUGGUUCUUCCCCGAGAACGACGGCGGCUCCCCCAUCAGUAACUACAUCAUCGAGAAGCGUGAGUUUGAGCGUAAGGCCUGGACCUCGCUCUCCUACACCGCCAGCCGCCAGAACGCCGUGGCCCACAACCUCAUCCAGGGAAAGGCCUACUUCUUCAGAGUGGCUGCGGAGAACGCCAUCGGCGUCGGACGCUUCGUGGAGACUGCAGCUGAGGUUGUGGUCAAGGAACCCAUGAGUGUGCCUGAACGCCCUGAGGAGCUGGAGGUCACCAAGGUCACCAAGGACUUGAUCGGCCUCACCUGGAAGGCGCCCAAGUCUGACGGAGGCUCAGAGAUCACCAUGUACAUCCUGGAGGCCCGGAUGAUCGGCAAAGACAAGUUCACCAGACUGACCAAGGAGAAGCUGAUGGAGAGAAAAUACAGCUUUGACGGCCUGAGGGAGGGCGACACCUACGAGUUCAGGGUCAUCGCCGUCAAUGAGGUCGGACCCAGUAAACCCUCGUUCGGCACCAAACCAAUCACGUGCAGGAACGAACUGGAGCCACCGACCAUCGAGCUGGACUUCCGUGAUAAGAUCAUCAUCCGUGUGGGAGAGAGCUGCCUGCUGCAGGGACGCUACACCGGAAAACCUUCUCCCUCCAUCAUCUGGUAUCGUGAAGACAAGGAGCUCAAGGCCGACCAACACGCCAUGUUUAAGAACACGCUAACCACCAUGUCCCUGGGCCUGAUGAAGGCCCGGCGGGAGCACAGUGGCAGAUACAUGGUGGUGGUGGAGAACAGCACUGGAUCCAGGAAGGGAGUCUGCAACAUCAUAGUUGUUGACCGUCCCACCCCCCCUGUUGGCCCUGUGGUGUUCGAGGAGGUGCACAGGGAGUUCAUGGUGGUCUCCUGGAAGCCUCCUCUGGACAGCGGUGGUGUGGACGUCUCCAACUACAUCAUCGAGAAGAGAGACGUCAACCGAGAUACCUGGACCACAGUGACAUCUGCCACGACCAAGACCGUCUGCAAGAUCCCGAAGCUGACGGAGGGCAAGGAGUACAUCAUCAGAAUCUCUGCUGAGAACCUGUAUGGCAUCAGUGACCCACUGGAGUCUGAGGAGAUGAGAGCCAAAGACCUCUUCAGAGUCCCUGAGGCCCCUGAGAUGCCCACAGUUCGGGAGGUGUAUGCCACCAAUGCAUUGGUUCUGUGGAACCGCCCUCGUGACGGAGGAAAGCCCAUAAUCAACUACAUCCUGGAGAAGAAGGAGCCAGCAGCCAAGAGGUGGUCCCGAGCCACGAGAGACCCGCUGUACCCGGCCACUCAGUACCGAGUCCAGGACCUGGUGGAGGGCUGCGAGUACGAGUUCCGGGUCAUGGCUGAGAACGAGCUGGGAACCGGAGACCCCAGCGUCCCCUCCAAACCAAUCCUCGCCAAGGAUCCCAUUGUGUGCCCGAGUCCUCCAGUGACGCCCGAGGCCUACGACAAGACCAAGGACUCCGUCAGCCUGAGGUGGAAGACGCCACGCCAUGAUGGCAAGGGCAGGAUCUUCGGCUACAUCGUUGAGUACCAGAAGCCGGGCAACGUAGAGUGGAUUCAGGCCAACGAGACCCCGGAGCAGUGCCCCGACCUCCACUAUGUGGUAACGGGUUUAAGUGAUGGACAGGAAUAUUCUUUCAGGAUCUUCACUGUCAAUGCUGCAGGCAGAUCUGACCCUGCCCCCGUCAAACAGACCAUCAAAGUCCACGACAGACUGGAGGCGCCUGAGCUGCUGCUGGAUGCUAACAUGGCACGUGACCAUCUGGCAAUGUUAGGCACAGACAUCUCCCUGAGCGCCACCAUUAAGGGUGUACCGACACCCACCGUUAGCUGGAAGAAGGACGAUGGAGAUGUUCCUUCUCACAUCACUGUGGCUGUCACCGCCACUGGCAGCAAAGUCUUCAUUCCCAAAAGCGUCCGCCCAGACUCUGGGAACUACACCAUCACCGUAGAGAAUGCUGCUGGGAAGAAAUCAGCAACUGUUGCUGUGCUGGUGUUGAAUAAACCUUCUCCUCCCAGAGACCUGGUGAUCUCUGAGAUUACCAGUGAGACUGCCUACCUGACAUGGAAGGCUCCUGAGGACAAUGGUGGUGCUGUCAUCUCCCACUAUGUAGUACAGAAGAAGGACGUGGCAGCCGAGCAGUGGGUUCCUGUCUCAGCAGGCAAUAAGAAGCUGAGUCUGAUGGCCUUGUACCUGAUGGAAGGAACUCAGUACAUGUUCAGGGUGGCUGCUGAGAACCAGUUUGGCAAAAGCGACUAUUUGGUAACCAAGCAGCCCAUGAAGGCUGUGGAUCCACUGUAUCCUCCUGGUCCUCCCAAGAACCUGCACCACACUGAUGCAGACAAGACAGAGGUGUGGUUGGAAUGGGAGUGGCCUGACCGCACUGGUGGAAGUGAAAUCACCGGCUUCAUUGUGGAGCACCAGGAAGAGGGCCAGACUGACUGGGUCACCUUCAAGACCGUGAGCAACAACCACGCCCACGUCACCGGGCUGGUGGAGGGCAAGACUUACCGCUUCAGGGUCAAGUCUCAGAACGCCAUUGGUGUGAGCCAGCCAGACACUAGCAUCCCUGUCACCUGCCAGGAAAAGACAUUGCCGCCAACUAUUGAAGUUGAUGUGAAGCUCAUUGAGGGUCUCGUUGUCAAAGCUGGCACCAACAUUGUCCUUCCAGGCAAAAUGACAGGCAUUCCCAUUCCCACUGCCAAAUGGAUGACAGAUGGCAAAGAGUUAGUGUCAGAAGGCCACUAUCACAUUGCGACUGCUGGAACCUCCACCACCCUGAGUAUCCCUGAGUCCAAGAGAGGAGACACUGGAGAGUACAUCCUCACUGUUUCUAAUCCUUCAGGCAGCAAGACGGUUGCCCUGCAUGUCACUGUCCUGGAUGUUCCUGGUCCACCUAAUGAACCCAUCAAUAUCCUGGAGGUCACCCCUGAAUACAUGAUGAUUCAAUGGAGGGCGCCUAAAGAUGAUGGUGGCUCAGCCAUCACUAAUUAUGUGGUGGAAAAGAAGGAUGUGAAGAAACCAUGGGAGCCCUGGUCUGUUGUUAGCUCCAGCGGCACCAGUACCAAGGCUAAGGUGUCCAGGCUGGAGAAGGGUCGUGAGUACAUUGUUCGGGUCCGUGCAGAGAACAAGAUUGGCAUUGGUGCUGGACUUGAGAGUCCUCCUACUAUUGCUAAGCACAUGUUUAACCCUCCUGGUCCACCAGGCCCCCCAGAGUGCUCUGAUAUUACAGAGAACGCUGUGACAGUAGAAUGGUCUUUGCCCGACUAUGAUGGAGGAAGCCCCAUCAGCGGCUAUGUGGUUGAACGCAGAGAAAUGACAGGAAAGUGGAUCCGUGUCAACAAAACUGCAGUGCUGGACCUCAGAUACAGAGUCUCCGGCCUGUUUGAAGGCAACAGCUAUGAAUUUAGAGUUUUUGCUGAGAACGUUGCUGGUAUCAGUGAGCCUUCUCGCACUUCUGACCCUAUCAAGGCCACACGCGCCAUCACCAAACCUGGCCCGCCUGGAAAUCUUAAACUGAAGGACUGGAGCAAAUCCUAUGCUGAAAUCUGCUGGACUAAACCCACAAGAGAUGGUGGCAGUCCCAUUCUUGGUUAUGUGGUUGAGGUUCAGAAGUCAGGAAGUGCCCAGUGGGACAGAAUCAACAAGGAUCUUAUCAAGAUGUGUGCCUACAGAGUACAAGGCCUCAUUGAAGGAAUGGAGUACAGAAUUCGCAUCAGGGCCACCAACAAAGUUGGGGACAGUGAACCAAGGGAACUCCCUGAAACCAUCUUGGCAAAAGACAUCCUGGUUCCUCCAGAAGUUGUUGUUGACAUUUCCUGUCGGGACUCCCUGACAGUCAGGGCAGGUCAGAUCAUCAGUUUGAUCUCAAGGGUGAAGGGCAGACCGGAUCCCGAGAUCACAUGGACCAAGGAUGCCAGAGUCUUGUCUAGGGAUAAACGCACUGAAAUGACCAAUAAUUACCCUCUGUGUGAACUUGUAAUCGCCGAGGCAGUCAGGUCAGACUAUGGUAAAUACGCAAUUGUUGCCAAGAACAGCAGUGGACAGGCACAGGCCACAAUUAUUGUCAAUGUUCUGGACACACCAGGAGCUUGCCUGAACCUGAGAGUAGCUUAUGCAACCAAGAAAUCCUGCAUGGUGUCCUGGGAGAACCCUGAGGACAACGGAGGCACUGAGAUCACUCAGUACAUUAUUGAGUGCCGUCAGCCAAGCCAGAGAAAUUGGACAGUGGUCUCCAGCGACUGCACCAAGCGUCAGAUAAAGGCUCCUCUCACUGAGGGAUGUGAAUACUUCUUCCGUGUCAGUGCAGAGAACAAGAUCGGUGCUGGUCCACUUACUGAGUCCAAGACACCAGUGCUGGCAGUUGAUCCAAUUGAGAAGCCGGGCGAACCCAUUGACUUCCAUGCUUCUGAGAUUGGCAAGACCUUCUGCUUCCUCAAGUGGAGGAAGCCAGAUUACGAUGGCGGUAGCCGUAACCUAGGUUACCACAUUGAGAAGAAACCAAAGGAGGCUGAGGAGUGGGAAAGACUGCACAAGGGUGCCAUUAAGGAGACUUACUUCAUGGCUGACAGAUGUAUCGAAAACCAGAUCUACACGUUUAGAGUUCAGACUAAGAAUGAGGGAGGGGAGAGCAACUGGGUGAGCACACCUGAGGUCCUUGUCAAGGAACUGCUUGUGGAGCCUGAGAUCAAGAUCAAACUUGAUGGAACCCUCAUUGUCAAGGCAGGAGACUCCAUUCCUAUCGAGGCAAUAGUGAAGGGUAAACCACAACCUGAUGUCAAAUGGACCAAGGAUGAAAACACAGAGGAGAUUAAGAAGGGCCCCAAGCUUCAGAUCGAAACAGGGGCGGACUUCUCAAAGCUGCUGCUUACCAAUGCCAGGCGCACUGACAGUGGCAAAUAUGUUGUGUCUGCCUCCAACAGUGCAGGAAGCUGCUCUGCUCUAGCCAAGGUCAAUGUUCUGGAUAGACCAGGCCCUAUCAGGGAUCUCAAGGUGUCUGGUAUCACCAAUGACCGGUGCCAUCUGGCCUGGGAAAUUCCAGAGGAUGAUGGUGGCUGUGAUAUCUACAACUACAUCAUUGAGAAAUGUGAGACCAAGAAAGGAAUCUGGUCCGUCCACUCCAACGCUGUUAUCACAAAUAAAGCUAAAGUUACUCGCCUUACAGAGGGUAACGUGUAUAUGUUCAGAGUUCGUGCUGAGAAUAAAAUGGGUCCUGGUCCUGCAGUGCAGAGUGAGACCAUUGUCGCUGGCACCCAGUUCAGUGUACCUGGUUCUCCCGAAGCACCAGAAGUCACCAAGAUUGCCAAGGAGGAGAUGACUGUGGAGUGGGCAGAGCCAGAGAAAGAUGGAGGAAAGCCAAUCACAGGUUAUCUGUUAGAGAAGAGGGAGGAGCAUGCCGUUAGGUGGUCUCCUGUAAACAAAGAUCCACUCCCUGCAACUCGCUCCACAGUUGCUGGACUCCUGCCUCUCCAUGACUACCAGUACAGAGUCAAGGCUGUCAAUGAAAUUGGCAUUGGCAGCCCAAGCAAGCCUUCACGUACCAUCACUGCCAAAGAUACAGUUGAGCCUCCUGCCCCUCCAACCAACAUGAAAGUCCUGGACAGCACCAAGUCAAGUUUCACCCUAGGCUGGACCAAGCCUGUAUCUGAUGGUGGAGCUCCCAUUGUUGGCUAUGUUGUGGAGAUGAGGACGCAGGGAGCUGUCAAGAAAGGAGAUGAUGGUUGGAAGAGGUGUAACGUAGCAGCUCAGCUGGUCGUGUGUGAGUUCACAGUCUCAAGUCUGGAUGAGAAGCUUGUGUAUGAAUUCAGAGUGUCAGCUCAGAACCAGGUGGGCAUGAGCCUGCCCUGCAACAUGGAGGCUGCUGUGAUCCCCAGAGAGAUUCUAGAGUCACCAGAGAUUGACUUGGAUGCUAACCUAAAGCAGGGACUGACAGUAAGAGCUGGCUGUCCCAUCAGGCUGUGUGCCACCAUUAGAGGCAGACCAUAUCCCAAAGUAACUUGGAGAAGAAUGGGCAUUGACAACGUGUUCAGGAGGGGAAAGGUUGACAUCAUCGACACCAUGACCUUCAUGGUCAUCGCCGACAGCACACGUGACGACACUGGAAAAUAUUCCCUGACUCUGCAGAGCCGUGCUGGGGAGAAGGCUGUGUUUGUCAACGUUAAGGUUCUAGACACUCCUGGACCUGUAAUGAAUCUUGAAGCGACUGACGUCAAACAGACAUCCGCCAUGUUGUCCUGGAGUCCUCCGGAGAGCAAUGGUGGAAGUGAUAUCACUCAUUAUAUUGUUGAGAAGCGUGAGAUUGAUCGUAAGUCAUGGGCGACUGUCAAGGCUGAAGUUCAAGAAGACAAGAUUCCCUUCAAAAUCAGUGGCCUGGUGCCUGGAACUGAGUACAACUUCAGAGUCACAGCUGUCAAUGAGUAUGGUUCUGGUGUUCCCAGAGCCACACCCACUUCCUACCUGGCUUCUGAUCCUGUCAGCAAGCCAGAUCCUUGUGAAAAGAUCGAGGUUCUGGAGAUCACUAAGAACAGCGCCACAGUUGGCUGGGUCAAGCCAGCGAGCGACGGUGGUGCCAAGGUCGAUGGUUACAUCAUUGAAUAUAUUGAGGUCAAACCUCCUCCACCAGCUCCAGCACCUUUGGAGGUUGCAGAAGGAGAGGAGGCUCCUCCACCACCUCCUCCACCUCCAGUGGAAGAGGAAACAGAGGAGGAAGAGCCUGUAAAGGAGGUGUGGAAUGCGUACACAACUGUGAAAGGUCUGACAAUCAGCAUCAGUGGCCUGAAGGAGGGCAAGAGGUACAAGUUCAGAGUGGCUGCCAAAAACAUCAUGGGCAUGAGCUCAUUCACCGAGACGAGGGAGCCAAUCGAGAUCAAGGAACAGACGUUGGAACCAAAAAUUGUCAUGCCGGAGAUGGUGAGCGCCAGAGCCGGAGCCAAGCUCAGAGUAGAGGCUGUGGUUUCUGGAAAACCUUCCCCAGUUUGCAAGUGGAUGCGUAGUGAGGAAGCCGUUGUCCCCUCCAGUCGCCUGGCAGUGCACCAGUCGGGUAACCUAUGUGUCCUGAUCAUCAAAGAUGUCUCCAGGACUGACAGUGGCGAGUACAGUCUGAUGGCUGAGAACAGCUCUGCAAAGGUGGUGGAGUCUCUGAAGAUCAUCAUCAAAGAUAUGCCCGGUCCACCGGAGGGCCCCGUGGUCAUCAGCGACAUCGACUCUGAUGCCUGCUCCCUGGCCUGGAACAAACCACUGGAGGAUGGAGGAACCAACAUCACCAACUAUGUGGUAGAGAAAUGCGAUGUGAGCAGAGGUGACUGGAUGACGGCUCUCUCUUCCUGCCCAAAGACCAAUUGCAGGCUUGGAAAACUCAUUCCUGGAAAAGAAUACCUGUUCCGCAUCCGUGCUGAGAACCGCUUUGGCGUGUCAGACCCAACUCCGUCUGACAGGAUGGUUGCCAAGUUCCCCUUCGUUGUCCCCAGCGAGCCCCUCAACUGUCGCAUCAACAAGACCAACAAGGACUGCAUGUUUGUGGCCUGGGACAAGGCGGAGAGUGACGGAGGCAGCCCCAUCACAGGUUACUACAUUGAACGUAAGGAGAGGAACAGCCUGUUGUGGGUGAAGGCCAAUGACGCAGUUGUCCGCACCACCGAGUACCCGUGUGCUGGCCUCAUCGAGGGCCUGGAAUACACCUUCAGAGUGUCCGCCAUCAACCGUGCAGGCCAGGGCAAACCAAGCAAGAAGACCGACUUUGUCACUGCCAGAACACCCAUUGACACGCCAGGUAAACCUGAGAUCCUGGAUGUAACCAAGAACUCUGUCACUCUGGUUUGGACCCGUCCCAAGAAUGAUGGCGGGAGUAAGAUCAUUGGCUACUAUGUUGAGGUCAUGCGAGUGCCAGGAGACACCUGGAUCCGCUGCAACACAAGCAGUCAGAAUGUACCAAGGGAGGAGUAUACGGUUACUGGUCUGGAGAGAGACCUGGACUACCAGUUCAGAGUCAUUGCCAAAACUGCUGUCAACAUAAGCAAACCAUCUGAGCCCACAGACCCUGUCCUGGUCUGUGCUGAGAACGUUCCUCCCAGAGUGGAGCUCAAUGCCAGGAUGCAAAAAGGUUUUAAGGUGAAGGCUGGAUCCACAGUCCUCCUGGAGGCUGAGGUGUUUGGUAAGCCCUUGCCCAGAGUGACCUGGAAGAAAAGUGACGAACGCUUGAAGUCAGGCGAAGGCCAGGUCAUCACCCAGCAGAGGAAUCACUACCAGCUUGAGAUGGCAGGAGUCACCAAGGAACACACAGGGACUUACACGAUCCUGGCUGAGAACGCCAGCGGCUCCAAGACUGCUGAGAUUGAAGUCAACGUUCUGGACGUGCCUGGCCCUCCUGUUAGUGCCAAACACACAGAGGUGUUGGCCACCAGUAUGAAACUGUCGUGGGAGCCACCUUUGAAAGAUGGUGGUGCCCCCAUCAAUGGCUACAUUGUGGAUAAGCGUGAGACCAGCAGACCUAACUGGGCCCAGGUCUCCACCAAGAUCAAGGGUGAUGUCCUUGAGUUUAAGGUGGAGAAGCUGAUCGACGGUCACGAGUACCAGUUCCGAAUCCGUGCUGAGAACAUGUGGGGAGUUGGAGACCCCCACAUAACAAACCCUGUUAUUGCCAAGAACCCAUUUACUGUCCCUGGUUCUUGUGAGGCCCCAGUGAUCACCAACGUGACCAAAGAUCGUAUGACUGUGAGCUGGAAGGAGCCUGCUGAUGAUGGAAAGUCCAUCGUCCUGGGCUACAUGCUGGAAAAGAAAGAGAAAAUGGAGUUGCACUGGACCAAGCUGAGCAGGAAGCCUAUGACAGAAAGGAGCCUUGAUAUUACAGGCCUCACAGAGGGAGCUGAGUACGAGUUCAGAGUCACUGCCCUCAACAUUGCAGGUCUUGGCAAACCCAGCGAGCCCUCUGCUGGCACCACUGCACAGAACCCCAUCACUGCGCCUGGCCCUGUUGUGAAUCCCAGUGUGAAGGACACCUUCCAAAGCGCCAUCAGUCUCACCUGGACUGCCCCCGCCAACAAUGGUGGAAGCCCCAUCAUCGGAUACUUGGUGGAGUGCAAGCGAACUGAUACAAAAGACUGGAUCCGCUGCAACGUCCCCAGGAACCUGCAGGACACCAGCUAUGUCAUUCAAAACCUCAUUGACAAGGCGGAGUACCAGUGUCGCAUCACUUCCGUCAACAAGGUCGGCUUCAGCGAGCCGGUUGAAGUCCCUGGCAAACAUGUGGCCAAGGACAUCAUUGUUCUUCCAGAGGCGGAGCUGAGUGCAGAGCUGAAGACGCUCCUGGAGCUGCGUGCCGGCACCACCAUGAGGCUGCAGGCCACCAUCAAGGGUCGUCCCACUCCCAAGAUCACAUGGGCCAAAAUGAACACCAACCUCAAGGACCGCCAAGGCAUCAUCAUCAAGUCCACUAACACUGACACCAUGGUGACGGUGGACAAUAUCAACAGAUAUGAUGGAGGCAAAUACAUCCUGAGCCUGGAGAGUUCGGCUGGCAUGAAGAUGUACACCAUUGUUGUCAAGGUUAUAGACACUCCUGGACCUCCAGACAACAUAGUGGUGAAGGAGACAUCCAAAGACAGUUCUUCCAUCUACUGGGACCCUCCUGUGAUGGAUGGUGGCCACGAAAUCACCCACUACAUUGUGCAGAAGCGUGAUACUGAGAGGAAGGCCUGGUCCAUCGUCUCCGACAACUGCGCCAAGACAGAAUUCAAGGUGCCAGACCUGGAGGCUGGACGGUCCUACUACUUCAGAGUGUCAGCGGUCAACAAGCUUGGUACCGGAGAGUACUGCGAAACAGCCGAUUCAGUCAGAGCAACAGAGGAGCCUGGGCCUGUCAUGGACUUCAAGACCCUGCUGGUGACCAAACACUCUUGCACUCUAAGCUGGAAGAAACCACUCACCGAUGGUGGCAGUCGCAUUACCUGCUAUGUGGUGGAGGUUCUCAAUGGUGAUGACAAGUACAAGGAGGUAAUGAGGUCCAAGAAUAUGCAAUACAGCGCCAAGGACUUGGUGGAGGACAGAGAGUACAACUACAGAGUCAAGGCUGUUAAUGACGCAGGAGAGAGUUCUGCUAAGGAGCUCAAAGUGGUGGCUAAGGACCAGAUCAUUCCUCCAAGCUGUGACUUGAGGGAGCUUCCCAACAUGUGCUACAUUGCCAAGGAGGGCAGCACUGUCCGUCUGAAGAUCCCGAUCAUUGGAAAACCUACACCCAAGGUCUCCUGGAAGAAGGGAGAUGAUGAAGAUCUGACAGACACUGGCCGAGUGUGUGCCGAGUCCUCUGCAGUCAACACCACCCUCCUGAUCAGGGACUGUCAGAGGAGUGAUGCCUCCAAGUAUACCAUCACCCUGAGAAAUAGUGCUGGGACCAAGGAGUCCACCAUAUUCAUCAGGGUUGUGGGUAAACCUGGCAUCCCUAUUGGACCCGUUAAGUUCAAAGAGGUUACUGCCGAUGGCGCUACACUGAAGUGGGCGGUUCCCAAGGACGACGGUGGCUCAGAGAUCACCAACUACGUCCUGGAAAAGAGAGACUCAGUUACCAAUAUGUGGGUGACUGUGUCCUCCACUGUGGAGACCAACAGCAUGAGAGUGACCGGUCUCCAUGAAGGCACAGAAUACAUCUUCAGAGUCUGUGCUGAGAACAAAUAUGGGUUUGGAGAAGGACUCAAAUCCGAGCCCAUUAUUGCUAAACAUCCAUUCAAUGUUCCUGAUGCUCCUCCUCCUCCUCAGGUCAUGAGCAUGCGUCACAACUCGGCUUACCUGGCCUGGUCCGACCCCAGGAAGACAGGAGGAUCUCCCAUCACAGGUUACCAUGUUGAGUUCAAAGAGAGGAACAGUAUGUUGUGGAAGAGGGCGAGUCCAGCUGCCUUGAAGAUGAGGGAACACAAGGUCACUGGGUUUACUGAAGGCUUGGAGUACGAGUUCAGAGUCAUGGCAAUCAACCUGGCUGGCACUGGCCGACCGAGCGCUCCCACUGAUCCACAGGUGGCCCUGGAUCCCAUUGAUGCUCCUGGUAAACCUGAUGUCGUCAGCAUCACAAGGAGCUCCGUGACACUCCAGUGGACGGAGCCACAGUUCGAUGGAGGCCACAGGCUGACUGGCUACAUUGUUGAGAGGCGUGACCUACCGUCUAAGAUCUGGGUCAAGGCCAAUAAUGUGAAUGUUGUGGAUCCUGCAUUUACUGUCACCGAACUGCAGGAGGGCUGCAAAUAUGAGUUCAGAAUCAGGGCGAAGAAUGCAGCUGGUGCUCUUAGCCCCCCCUCCGAGCAGACAGAUACAAUCAUCUGCAGAGAUGAAUAUGCGGCACCAACCAUUACUAUUGAUUCUCAUGUGUUGGAGGGUCUGACUGUCCGAGCUGGCGAUACCAUUGUCAUCACUGCCACAAGCAUAGAUGGCAAACCUGCUCCAACCUCAUGCUGGUCAAAGGGAGGAAAGUACUUCAAACCCUCGGAGGUUGUUCAUAUUGAGACCACUGCAACUUCCUCUACUCUGUCCGUCAAGUAUGCCAGCAGGAAGGACACAGGGGAAUACAUCAUAACUGCCAGCAACCCCUUCGGUGUAAAGGAGGAAACUGUCAAGGUCAAAGUUCUGGAUGUUCCUGGUACUCCUGGGCCUAUUGAAUGCACUGGUAUCUCUUCUGAAAAGGUCACUCUUACAUGGGAAGCUCCAACUGAGGAUGGAGGCUCUCCUAUCAAAUAUUACACCCUGGAGAAGAGGGAGACCAGCCGCCUGCUCUGGACUGUUCUGGAAGAAAAGGUCAUCGACUGUCACUAUGUAGCCACCAAGCUCAUCCAGGGCAACGAGUAUUUCUUCAGAGUUUCUGCUCUGAACCAGUACGGUGCUAGUGAGCCAUCCCACUCUGAGGCCGUCAAGAUGGUUGAUAGAUUCGGUCCUCCCGGUCCACCAUCCAAACCAGAGGUUGAGAAAGUGGAUGGACAUUCAGCCACUGUCACCUGGAGGAGGCCAACUGAGGACGGCGGAAGUGAUAUCAUAGGUUACUGUGUUGAGAAGAAGGAGAAAAAGGCUAUGAGAUGGAUCAGGGCCUCAAAGAAAUCGAUUGCCGAGCUCAGUUAUGAAGUCACUGGUCUGACUGAAGGCCUGGAGUAUGAGUUCCGUGUUUUUGCUGAGAACAAAGCUGGCUUUGGAGAGCCAAGUGAAACAUCUAUGCCUGUUAGAACUAUAGUUGCUAUCUAUUUGCCUGGACCUCCAGUCAAUCCAAGAGUCACAGACACAACCAAGUCCACUGCCACCCUGAACUGGGGAAAACCUCUCGAUAACGGCGGAUCUGACAUCACUGGAUAUGUAAUUGAGCACAAGAAGGAAGGAACAGAAGAAUGGGUCAAGGAUUCAUCUCUACUUAGAAUAACCGAAUUUGUUGUUCCCGAGCUGGAAACCGGUGCAAAAUACCACUUUAGAAUUAGUGCUGUGAAUGCUAAGGGGGCAGGUGAAUCUGCCGAAACUCAGGAACUGAUGGAAAUUGUGGAGCGUGCAGCUGAGCCAGAUUUGGAGCUAGAUAUUGAGCUGAGAAGAACCCUCGUCGUUAGGGCGGGCUGCUCCAUUCGCCUCUUUGUGCCAAUCAAGGGACGUCCUACACCAACAGUCAGCUGGACUAAGGAAGAUGGCCCUGUCCCACGUGCAGUCAUUGACAGCACUGAAUCAUUUACAAUGCUGAUCAUUCCUGAGAGUUCAAGGAUUGAUGCAGGCAAAUAUCAGCUUACUCUUGAAAACUCAAGUGGUAAGAAGAGUGCUGAUAUACAUGUGAGAGUUCUGGAUUCUCCUGGACCCCCACUUAAUCUAAAACCAAUCAAGAUUGACAAAGACAGCAUUACUCUCCAGUGGGAGAUGCCUCUCAUUGAUGGUGGAGCCAAGAUCACAAGCUAUGUCAUUGAGAAGAGAGAAUCAACACGAAAGGCCUUUGCUACUGCUAUUACAAAUUGCCCACACACUUCAGUCAGGAUCAGUGAACUGGGUGAAGGCUGUGAGUACUAUUUCAGAGUGUCUGCCCAGAACGAGUAUGGUAUUGGUGAGCCAGUCGAAACUGCAGAUCCAAUCCGUGCAUCCCAGGCACCAACUCCUCCAGAGAGUAUUAUUCCUACUGAUAUCACCAAGAGUUCUGUGAGCCUGGCAUGGACUAAACCCAAGCAUGAUGGUGGAAGCAGAAUUACGGGAUAUGUCCUGGAAGCCCAGAAGAAGGGAACUGAUCCGUGGGCCCAUGUAACAACAGUCAAGUCCAUGGAUUUCACAGUAAAAAACCUGAAUGAGAAUGAGGAGUACAUUUUCCGAGUAAUGGCUGUCAACCUGUCGGGCAGAAGCUCCCCACGUGAGAGCAAACCCAUAGUUGUUAGGGAUUCCACAAUGGUGCCUGAGUUUGACCUGCGCGGUGUGUGUCAUAAGACUGUUAUUGCUAGAGCUGGAGAUGAAAUCAAAGUUGAGAUCCCAGUUAUGGGACGUCCUAGACCAACUGUCUCUUGGCAGAAGGAUGGUGCAGCCCUGAAGCUCACACAGAGAACCAAUGUGGAAACUACUUCUGCUACUGUUAUCCUUAGCAUCAAUGAAUGCAAUAGAGCAGACAGUGGUGUAUACACCAUGACAGGAAAGAACAUUGUUGGCUCUGUGACAGAUAACAUCACUGUGAAAGUACAUGAUGUACCUGGGCCACCCAAGGGACCAGUUAACAUUGUGGAAAUAUCCCGUACAAAUUGCAUAUUUGCUUGGGACCCUCCUGAGAAUGACGGAGGUGUUCCAAUUAAUAAUUAUGUGGUUGAGAUCAGAGACACAACUUCCCAAACAUGGACAGAGCUGUCUUCUACUAUCAUCCGUACCGUGUUCAAAGCCAUUCGGUUAACCACUGGUUCAGAAUACCAGUUCAGGGUGAAGGCUAAGAACAGAUACGGUGUUGGACCUCCCAUCACCUCAGAGGCUGUGGUGGCAGCUUAUCCAUUUAAAGCCCCUGGACCUCCUGGUACUCCGAAUGUUGUUGCAUUCACCAAGGACUCUAUAACGGUAGGCUGGAAUGAGCCUGUGUCUGAUGGUGGAAAUGAGGUCUUUGGUUAUCAUGUUGAGAGGAAAGAAAGAAGCAGCAUUACAUGGCAAAAGAUCAACAAGAGUAUUGUGAAAGGAAACAUCUUUAAAUCCAGUGGGCUUGAAGCUGGAGGAGCCUAUGAAUUCCGUGUCAUGGCUGAAAACAUGGCAGGCAUUGGUAAGCCCAGCAAGGCCUCAGAAGCAAUACUGGCCUUGGACCCUGUGGAUCCACCAGGCCAACCUCUACCAAUAUUUGUCAAUAAAAAUGUCAUCACUAUUCAGUGGACAAAGCCUGAGUAUGAUGGUGGAUUCAAAAUCACUGGCUACACAGUGGAGAAGAGAGAACUGCCGACCGGUCGCUGGAGCCGAGCCAAUUUCACCAACAUCAUUGAGACAGCAUUCACUGUCAGUGGACUGACUCAAGAUGCCUCCUACGGGUUCCGGGUCAUAGCCAGAAACUCUGCAGGAGCAGUCAGCAUUCCAUCUGAGCCUUCAGACCCAAUCUUGUGCACAGAUGACAUAAUUGAGCCACGCAUUAUGGUUGAUGCCAUCUUCAAAGAUGUUGUUCCCCUGAGAGCAGGAGAGUCCUUCAAGCUUGAUGCUGACAUAGCUGGUCAGCCAACACCAUCUAUGGUUUGGACCAAGAAUGGAAAAGAGGUUGAGAACACAAUGAAACUGGACGUUAAGUUCACUGAACUGACAACCACACUGACCAACAAGGACUCUAUCAGAUCAGAUGGUGGAGAAUUUGUUUUGACUGCCACUAAUGUUGGUGGAUUUGCAAAGCACAUCUUUAAUGUGAAAGUGCUUGACAGACCAGGGCCACCUGUUGGACCUCUUAAGGUAACUGAUGUCACAGCUGAUAACUGCGUUCUGACCUGGGCUCCACCUGCAGAUGAUGGCGGUGCCAAGAUUGAAGGAUAUGUGAUCGAAAAGCGUGAGUCAAGCAGACUGGUUUGGACUAAUGUGGUUUCAGACCUGAAAGUUACACGACAUACGGUGACGAAGCUGCUCAAAGGGAAUGAAUACAUCUUCAGAGUUAUGGCAGUGAACAAAUAUGGAGUUGGCGAGUCUCUUGAUUCAGAAUCCACUGUUGCAGACAACCCAUAUGUGGUUCCAGAUCCUCCAGAAAAUCCUGAGGUGACAGCUAUCACUAAAGAUUCAAUGGUUGUUAUGUGGCAAGCUCCCAAGAGUGAUGGCGGAACUCCCAUCACUAACUACAACAUCGAAAGGAAAGACCAAAUAGGCCUCCGCUGGGUCAAAUGCAACAAGAGGAAGGUCAAAGAUCUCCAGUUCAGGGCAGGAGGCCUUGUUGUCGGACAUGAAUAUAAAUUCAGAAUAAUUGCAGAGAAUGCUGCUGGAGUUAGCACACACAGUGUCUCCAGUCCAUUUUACAAGGCAACUGAUGCACUGGACAUGCCAGGGCCUCCAUGCAACCCUAGAAUCCUGGACACAACCAGGUCCUCAAUUACUGUUGCCUGGAACAAACCUGUAUACGAUGGAGGCUCUGACAUCACUGGCUACAUAGUAGAAACCUGCAUCCCAUCUGAAAAGGAGGAGGAGGAGGAAUGGACCAUUGUGACACCAAAAGAAGGUCUCCUAGCAACCUCAUUCACCAUUAUUAACCUGAAAGAGAACCAGGAGUACAAGAUCAACGUUUCUGCUCUCAACAGUGAAGGAAUUGGAGAGGCAGCAUCUGUACCUGACAAUGCCAAGGCAGAGGACAGGCUCCUCCCACCUGAAAUUAAUUUGGAUGCUGAUCUCCGCAAAGUUGUCAGUCUUAGAGCUUGCUGCUCUCUCCGACUCUUUGUGCCUAUCAGAGGCAGACCGUGUCCUGAAGCUAAAUGGACCAAAGGAGAUGGUGAGGCUAUUGAGAGGGCAACCAUUGACAGCACAACAUCAUAUACAUCACUUGUAAUUGAAAAUGUCAACAGAUUUGACAGUGGAAAAUAUAAUCUUACAGUUGAAAACAGUUCUGGCUCCAAGACAGUUACAGUCCAGGUCAGGGUGCUUGAUACACCUAGUGCCCCACAGAACCUGAAGAUUACUGCUGUAACAAAAGAAGCUGUCUCUCUGACUUGGGAACCACCAGUGAAUGAUGGAGGAGUAAAGAUUAAGAACUAUAUUGUUGAAAAACGUGAGUCCACAAGGAAAGCAUAUGCCACAGUUAAUGCUCUCUGCUACCCGACCACCUUCACAGUUGACCACCUCCUGGAAGGAUGCAACUAUUACUUUAGAGUUCUGGCUGAGAAUGAAUAUGGCGUUGGUCUUCCCAUUGAGACUGGUGAAUCAGUUAAAGUGUCUGAAAAACCACAGCCACCUCGCAAAGUCUCUCUUAAGGAUGUUACCAAAAAUAGUGUCACUCUCUCUUGGGAGAAGCCAGAGCAUGACGGUGGCAGCAGAAUAGGCUGUUAUGUUGUUGAGAUCCAGCCUAAGGGUGUUGACAAGUGGACCCAGGCUGUGAUUGUAAAGGAAACAGAAGCUACAAUUAGUGGCCUAAAUGCAGGUGAAGAAUACAUGUUCCGUGUAGCAGCAAGAAAUGAGAAGGGUACAAGUGACCCACGUCAAAUUGGAGUGCCUGUGAUUGUCAAAGAUCUUGUGAUUGCCCCUGUUGCCAAAAUGUUGUUCAACACAUUCAGUGUGUUGGCAGGAGAAGACCUCACAGUGGAUGUUCCAUAUGUUGCACGUCCCAAAGCAGCUAUAUCCUGGGUAAAGGACGGUCAGCCUAUGAAGAGAACUACCAGAGUAAACUUUAGUUCAACAGACACCUUGCUGAACCUCAAAAUAAAUGAGGCUACCAAAGAUGACGUUGGACAAUACCUCAUUACUAUUAGCAACACAGCAGGAGAGACAACUGCAGUCAUUGGCAUUGUUGUUCUUGACAAACCCGGCCAGCCAGGUGGUCCAGUUCAGGUAGAGGAGGUCACCUCUGACAGUGUAACUAUCUCCUGGAACCCACCAGAAUAUGAUGGUGGUUGCACCAUCAAAAACUACAUUGUGGAAAAGAGAGACACAUCCACAACUAACUGGAUGGUUGUAUCUCCUAACCUUGCACGGACAAAAAUCAAGGUAGGCCGAUUGAAGACUGGCUCUGAGUACCAGUUUAGAAUCACAGCAGAAAACAGAUAUGGAAAAGGCCCAACUCUUCAGUCAGAUAGUAUUGUGGCACAAUAUCCAUACAAACUCCCAGGGCCCCCAGGAACACCAUCCAUUGCAACCUGGACCAAGGACAGCAUGGUUGUGAUCUGGAACGAACCUGUGAUCGAUGGCGGAUGCUCCAUCUUGGGCUAUCAUCUAGAGCGAAAAGAGAGGAACAGCAUUAUGUGGGUCAAACUCAACAAGUCUAUUAUCACUGACCAAACCUUCAAGACCAGUGGUUUGGAAGCAGGGAUGGAGUAUGAAUACAGAGUUUAUGCUGAAAACAUUGUUGGAAUAGGCAAAGUUAGCAAAGUGUCCGAGGGUCAUAUUGCUAGAGAUCCUUGUGAUCCUCCUGGCACCCCAGAGGCAACAAAGAUCGCCAAAGACUCUUUGACCAUUGUUUGGACCAAGCCGGAGUAUGAUGGAGGUGCAAAGGUUACAGGCUACAUUGUGGAAAAGAAGGAGCUACCUGAAGGUCGUUGGCAGAAGGCUAACUUUACGAACAUCAUUGAGACAGAAUAUGUUGCAACUGGACUUAUACAGGACAAUCAGUAUGAGUUCCGUGUCAUUGCCAGAAAUGCCGCCGGGGUUUAUAGCUUGCCUUCUUACAGCACUGGCCCUAUCACUGCAAGGGAUGAGAUCGAACCACCGGGUGUCAGCAUUGACCCAGAGUACACACAGAUCCUUAUGGUUAACGCAGGAGAAACCUUCAAGAUUGAUGCAGAUGUUCACGGCAAACCACUACCCUCUAUCAACUGGAUGAAGGGAGAUCAGGAAUUGGGCAACACUAUUCAUAGAGAAAUUAAGAACACAACAACCAAGGCUUAUAUAUCUGUCAAGGAAGCAAAACUUUCAGAUGGAGGCCAAUACACGCUGCUACUGAAAAAUCCAGGAGGUGAAAAGGCUGUGCAGGUCAAUGUGGUUGUUCUAGAUAAACCUGGAGAACCUCAAGGACCUCUUGUUGUUACAGGGAUAUCCAAAGACCGAUGCUGCCUUGCAUGGAAACCACCAAUGCAAGAUGGUGGUAGCAAGAUCUCUCACUACUUGGUGGAGAGGAGAGAAACAAGCAGAUUAGUCUGGACUGUUGUAGACCCCAAAGUAGAAAAUAUUUGUCUAAGGGUCACUAAGCUCUUGGAAGGAAAUGAGUACAUCUUCAGAGUCCGUGCUGUCAACCAGUUUGGAGCUGGUGCACCACUUGGUUCUUCUGCUGCCAUAAUCAAAGAUCCUUAUUUACUCCCGGGGUCACCCAGGAGCUUAGAAGUUUCGGAUAUUAAGAAAGAUUCAAUGAUGCUCACUUGGGAGGCUCCCUCUGAAGAUGGGGGCAGUCCUAUCACUGGAUACAUCAUUGAGAAACAUGACAAAGAAGGAGUACGAUGGACCAGAUGCAACAGACAAACAGUCACUGACUUGACUUUCAAGCCGAUGGGACUCCUGGAAAAACACAGUUAUGAAUUCAGAGUUGUUGCUGAGAAUGCUGUCGGUGUUGGUGAGCCAAGCUCCCCGACAGUAUUCUACAAAGCUCUUGAUCCCAUUUUCAGGCCUGGCCCACCACACAAUCCAAGAGUUACUGACACAACUAAAACAUCAGUUUUCCUGUCAUGGGGUAAGCCUGUCUGUGAUGGAGGCUGUGAGAUUCAGGGAUACAUUGUUGAGUGCUGCACUACUACAGUACCAGCAGUGCCAGAAGAGGCAUCUGCUGAAACCCAAGCUGUAGAGGCACCUGCCACAGAUGCACCUGCUGAGGAGUGGACAAUGUGCACACCACCAACCGGUAUCAAGAAGACUAAAUUUGAAGUUGCAAACCUGAAAGAAAACCAGGCAUACAAGCUUAGAGUGUGUGCCAUAAACAAACUUGGAGUUGGUGAGCAUGCUGAUGUCUCUGGAGCUGUUGUUGCCCUCGACAGGACAGAAGAGCCAGAUCUUGACAUUGACUCAGAAAUGAGGAAGAUUGUAAUGAUUAAAGCUGGAGCUUCCCUUCGGCUGUUUAUCCCCAUCAAGGGAAGGCCAACUCCUACCAUCAAGUGGGAUAAGGAUGAAGCUGACCUUAAAGAGACUGCUCAGCUUGAGGUGACCAGCAGUUACUCAUCCCUUGUAAUUGAUAACAUGAGCAGAACUGACAGUGGAAAAUACACAAUCACUGCUGCAAACGCCAGUGGAACCAAGUCAGCAUUUGUUGUUGUCCGUGUUCUCGACACACCUAGUGCUCCUGUUAACCUGAAAGUGAUGGAAAUUACAAAUCAAUCAGUGACACUGGCAUGGGAACCACCUAUGUUGGAUGGUGGGUCCAAGAUCAAGAACUACAUCGUUGAAAAGAGAGAAAGCACACGCAAAACAUUUGCAGCUGUUGUAACAAAUUGUCACGCUCUUACAUGGAAGAUUGAGCCUCUCCAGGAAGGUUGUAGUUACUUCUUCCGUGUCAUUGCUGAGAAUGCUCAUGGUGUUGGCCUGCCAGCAGCAACUGCAGACGCUCUUAAGGUGUCAGAGGUUCCACAGUCACCGAAGACCUUGACUGUUACAGACCAAACCAAAACAAGCAUCUCUUUGGCUUGGGAGAAGCCCGAGUAUGAUGGUGGUAGCAGAGUCAUCCAGUAUCUGCUCGAGGUGCAACUUAAGGGCCAGGAGAAAUGGUCUGGUGUUAACACUUUUAAGACAAUGGAGGCUACUGUUCCCAAUCUCAAUCCAGGGGAGGAGUAUCUCUUCAGAGUUACUGCAAUGAAUGAUAAGGGCAAGAGUGACCCCAAAGUCCUUGCGGGUCCAGUGAUGACAAAGGACUUGGUGUUUGAGCCUGAUGUUCGUCCUGCAUUCAGCAGCUAUAGUGUCCAUAUUGGCAAAGACAUGAAGAUUGUCAUUCCCAUCUUUGGACGUCCUAAACCAACAGUCACAUGGACUAAAGAUGGAGCUCCUAUGAAGUUCACCACCAGAGUCAAUACUCUCAAUACACCCACAAAUACAACACUUAGCAUUAAGGAGGCUGCAGGUGAUGAUGGUGGCAUGUACAGUAUAAAUGUUGCUAACUCAGCUGGAAAGAAAGACACAACUGUUGAAGUCAUUGUACUAGACAAACCUGGCCCUCCAUCCGGCCCUGUAAGGUUCGAUGAAAUCACAACACAGAGUAUCAGUAUUUCAUGGGACCCGCCUAAACACAAUGGUGGCUGCCAGAUUUCAAACUACAUUGUGCAAAAGAGAGAUACUACUUCUCCAACAUGGGAAAACGUCAGCAUCAACUAUGCCAGAACCUCCAUUAAAGUGCCUAGACUGAAGACAGGAGCAGAGUACCAGUUCAGGAUCAUCGCUCAAAACCGCUAUGGCAAGAGUCAUGGCCUGGAUUCAUCUGCUGUGGUCGCUCAAUACCCAUACAGAGAGCCAGGCCCGCCAGGCACCCCCUUCAUUUCUUCUCUUUCGAGGGACCACCAAGUUGUUGAGUGGCAUGAGCCUGUCACAGAUGGAGGCAGCAAUGUUCUUGGCUAUCAUCUUGAAAGAAAAGAGAGGAAUAGUAUUCUCUGGGUCAAGAUCAACAAGACACUAAUUCACGAUACGAUCUUCAAGAGUCACCCAUUGGAGGAAGGUGUUGAGUAUGAAUACAGAGUUUAUGCUGAAAAUAUUGUGGGUAUCGGCCGGUGUAGUAAGAUCUCAGAGGGCUCCAUUGCCCGUGACCCAUGUGAUCCACCUGGUACACCAGAGGCCUCCCAUGUCACCAAAGAUACCAUUGUCAUUCAGUGGACUAAGCCUGAAUAUGAUGGUGGUAGUAAUAUAACUGGCUAUACUGUGGAGAAGCGGGACCUGCCAGAGGGCAGGUGGGGCAGGGCAAACUUCACUAAUGUGAUUGAGACACAGUUUACUGUGACAGGACUGACUGAAAAUGCUCAGUAUGACUUCAGAGUCAUCGCUAAAAAUGCUGUUGGCACCAUCAGCAAGCCGUCCUACAACAGUGGACCAAUCACUGCAAGUGACAAGCUGGAGGCACCCAAGUUCUCCAUUGACCCUGCAUUCACCAAGACCAUUAUAAUCAAUGCUGGAGAGACAUUCAAGCUUGAUGCAGAUGCAUGUGGAAAGCCACUGCCUACAAUCCAGUGGUUCAAGGAUGAAAAACCAAUUGAGAAUACACUCCGACUCGAGAUUAAAAACACAGAAAACCAUGCGAUGAUCCUCAUUAAGGACGCCAUAAGGAUUGAUGGUGGAAUGUACACUCUCCAACUGACAAAUGAGGCUGGCAGUGAAACUGUGCCAUUUAAGGUUGUGGUCCUGGACAGAACUAGCCAGUGUGAGGGACCCCUUCACAUCACUGCAGUAGCUGAAAAUAGAUGCACACUGGUAUGGCGCGCCCCUCUUCAUGAUGGAGGUAGUCCUAUUAAACAUUACAUCAUUGAGAGAAGAGAAACCAGCCGUCUAGCUUGGACUGUUGUUUCUAACAGCUGUGAGACCACAUCCUACAAAGUCACCAAAUUACUGGAAGGUAAUGAGUACAUGUUCCGUGUCAUGGCUGUUAACAGUUACGGUAUCAGUGAGCCACUUGGAUCUGGUGGAGUGAUUAUGAAGACACCAUUUGUUCCUCCUGGUCCACCUCACAUUGAGGAUGUAUCAAACAUUGCUCAUGAUGGCAUGACCAUUAGUUGGUCUGCUCCUGAGAGUGAUGGAGGCAGUGAGAUUACCAAUUACUUAAUUGAAAAGAAGGACAGAAGUGGAAUCAAAUGGACCAGAUGCAAUAGGCAGAAGGUCGCGGACCUCUCCUUCAGAGUUACAGGAUUAUCCACAGGCCACGAGUAUGAGUUCAGAGUAACUGCAGAGAAUAUAGUUGGAGUGGGAGAACCAAGCCUUCCAAGUUCAAACUACAAGGCCUGUGAUCCCAAGUACAAACCUGGAGCCCCAGCAUAUGUGAAUGUAAUUGACUCCACAAAGAGUUCCCUAACAGUGUCAUGGGGUAAGCCUCUGGCUGAUGGUGGCAGUGCCAUUCAAGGGUACAUUGUUGAAGUCUGCAAGGCUGAGGAGGAAGAAUGGGCCAUGGUUACUCCCCCCACUGGCCUACGUGUCAACAAAUUUGAAAUUACCAAACUUACUGAGGGUCAGGAGUACAAGAUACAGGUGUGUGCUCUGAACAAACUAGGAGUUGGUGAGCCAGCAGUGCUCUCUGGAACAGCAAAGCCAGAGGAAAGAGUGGAACCACCAGAGAUCCGCUUGGACUCUGAGCUGAGGAAGGGCAUCACUGUGAAAGCCGGUGGAUCUGUUAGAAUCCAUAUUCCAUUUAAGGGCAGGCCAACACCUGAGAUUGGGUGGACUAAGGAUGAUGGAGCCCUGACUGAAAAGGCAGUGCUGGAGAAGGCUCCCAACUUCACACAUCUGUCCAUUGACUCGUGUGACAGGAGUGAUUCAGGAAAAUACACCCUCAGUCUGACCAACAGCAGUGGCUCUGUGUCUGAGUUUGUUGUCGUCAAAGUCCUGGAUACACCUGGAGCCCCACAGAACCUUGUGGUUAAAGAUGUGAAAAAGGACUCUGUCACUCUUGUAUGGGAUGUUCCACUGAUUGAUGGGGGUUCCAAAACUAAGAACUAUGUCAUUGACAAACGUGAAUCAACCAAAAAGGCAUAUUCAAAUGUGUCUGCUAAAUGCACCAGGACAACAUUCAAAGUUGAGAACCUAAUUGAAGGUGCUAUGUAUUACUUCAGAGUCAUGGCUGAGAAUGACUAUGGGGUCGGCCAAGCUGUUGAAACAAAGCAAGCUUCCAAAGCCUCUGAGGUCCCACAGCCUGUUCGAAAAGUCUUCCUCACUGAUGUCACCAAGGCCAGUGCCUCACUGGCAUGGGAGAAACCAGAGCAUGAUGGAGGCAGUAGAAUCGGUGGCUACCUGAUUGAGAUGCAGCCAAAGGGUACCGAUAAGUGGGGAGUUGCAACAAAUACAAAGACAUGCGAGGGCACUGCCAAAGGACUCACAGCUGGGACAGCAUACCUAUUCCGUAUUAUUGCUUACAAUGAGAAGGGUAAGAGUGAACCAGUGGCACUUGCUGCACCUGUUGUUGCCAGUGACAUGACUGUGGAGCCAAGCAUUAAGAUGCAAUUCAACACUUACAGUGUUUUGUCUGGAAAAGACCUGAAGCUGGAAUUCCCUGUGCUUGGCAGGCCCAAACCUAGAGUUACCUGGACCAAGGAUGGUGAGCCUUUAAAGGUGACAUCCAGAAUCAAUGUGGUAAACACUCAAGCAACAACCGCCAUUCAGAUUACUGAGGCAUGCAAAGAUGACUUAGGUAAAUACUCCAUUACAGCGGCCAAUGCUGCUGGUACAAUCACUGAGGAUGUGGCUGUCAUCAUCCUUGACAAGCCUGGUGCACCAACAGGUCCAAUCAAGAUUGUUGAAGUGAGCAACACCUUUGUCCAUCUUGCCUGGGAGCCCCCAGUGUACACAGGUGGAUGCCAAGUGAAGAACUAUAUUGUAGAGAAGAGAGAUACGACCACCACAACAUGGCAGUCAGUCACCACACAGCUUGCUAGAACUGCCCUCAAGGUCACCAAGCUGAAGACUGGUGCCGAAUACCAGUUCAGAAUUAUAGCUGAAAACAGAUAUGGAAAGGGUGCUUCCCUGGACUCCAAGUCCAUUGUCGUACAAUAUCCAUACAAAACACCAGGGCCUCCUGGAACACCAAAUAUCCAAUCCGCAUCAAAGGAAAUGAUGAUCAUUGAAUGGAAUGAGCCAGUCAAUGAUGGUGGAAGUUCAGUCAUUGGUUACCAUCUGGAAAGCAAAGAGAGAAACAGCAUCCUGUGGAACAAACUGAACAAGACUCUCAUCACUGAUACUCAGUUCAAGAUCUGUAAUCUCGAGGAGGGCAUCGGAUACGAAUUCAGAGUUUAUGGUGAAAACAUCGUUGGUAUUGGUAGAUGCAGUAAAGUGUCGGAGUCCUUUGUGGCUCGUGACCCAUGUGAUCCUCCAGGUGCUCCGGAAGCUGUUUCUAUUUGUAAGAAUCUGAUCAAGAUUCAGUGGACCAAACCUCAGUACGAUGGUGGCAGCAAAGUAAAUGGAUAUAUAGUGGAAAGGAAAGAUGUUUCCUCCCCUGAUGGACGCUGGGUCAGAUCUAACUUCACAAAUAUAAUUGAGACUGAGUAUACCACCACUGGUCUGACAGAGAAGGAGCAAUAUGAAUUCAGAGUUAUUGCAAGAAAUGCAGCAGGAGUCUUCAGUGAACCAUCCGACAGCUCUGGUCCUAUUACUGCUACUGAUGAAAUUGAACCACCAACGGCCUCAAUGGAUCCCAAGUACAAGGAUGUCAUUGUUGUUAAUGCUGGCGAACACUUGGUUCUUGAUGCAGACAUUCGUGGAAAACCAAUUCCAGAUGUUGCCUGGCUAAAAGAGGGCAAGGAAAUGGAUAAAGCCCUGCGCAUUGAACUGAAAACUACACAGAAGCGUGCAGCCAUGACCAUUAAGGAUGUAACCAAGCUUGACAGUGGUCACUAUGACCUUGUGCUCAAAAAUCUAGGUGGUACCAAAACCUUCCCUAUCACUGUCAAAGUUCUUGAUAAACCAGGUCCACCCACUGGACCAAUGAAAGUGACAGGGAUCCUGGCUGACAGGUGUAUCCUUUCCUGGACUGAGCCAGCUCUGGAUGGUGGGGCCAGUAUCAUUCACUACAUCUUGGAGAAGAGGGAGACUAGCAGGUUGUCAUGGACAAUGGCUGCACCAAAUAUCAAGGGUCUAUACCAUAAAAUAAAAAAUUUGCUCCCUGGAAAUGAAUACAUCUUCAGAGUCAGAGCAGUGAACAAAUAUGGCAUGGGUGAUUAUCUGCAAAGUGAACCCACAAUUGCAUGCAAUCCGUACAAGCCACCCAGUGCCCCUGGAACUCCAGAAGCCAGUCAGAUCACAAAGGACUCAAUGGUUCUGUCAUGGACCACUCCAGAACAGACUGGUGGCGCUGAUAUUGAAGGCUACCACCUUGAAAAACGCGACAAAGAUAGUGUUAGGUGGACAAAAUGCAACAGACAAAAGCUGACUGACACCCACUUCAAGGUCACAGGUCUGAUGACGGAUCACUUCUAUGAGUACCACGUUGCUGCUGAAAAUAUGGCUGGCAUGAGUGACCUCAGUGAACUGUCCCUCUCCUACAGAGCAUGUGAUGCUACAACACCCCCUGCGCCUCCACACCACCCUAAAGUGACAGACUACACUAAGUCUUCCGUGUCUUUGUCAUGGGGGAAACCUGACUUUGAUGGAGGCGCAUACAUCAAGGGCUACCUUGUUGAAAUGAGGGAGUAUACACCAGUGCCUGAAUCAACAGAGGAGGCAGAAGUAGCACCAGCAGUAGAAGCACCAACUGAAAAAGAAUGGACUAUGUGCACUCCACCCACUGGUAUUCAAGCCACUAAACUCACCAUCACAGACCUGAAGGAGGGUGGAGAGUACCAGUUCCGUGUCUGUGCUAUCAACUCUGAGGGUGUUGGGGAGGCUGCUAAUGUCAGUGGCACUGUACUUACAUCUGAUAGAGCGGAAGCACCAGAGAUUGAGCUGGAUGCUGAUCUCAGAAAGGUGGUAUCUGUCCGUGCUGGUGGAACUCUGCGUCUGUUUGUCGCCAUCAGAGGACGGCCUGCACCUGCGGUUAAAUGGGAAAAAGUUGAGGGUACUCUCUCAGAGCAUGCUGCAAUUGACACAACCAGUUCUUACACGAUGCUUGUCAUUGACAACGUCAACCGCUUUGACAGUGGGAAAUACUCGCUUUCCCUGGAGAACAGCAGUGGUACAAAAUCUGCGUUUGUUGCAGUGAGAAUUUUGGAUUCACCAAGCGCACCACAAAACUUUGGUGUGAAGGAGCUCAAGAAGGAUUCAGUGACACUUGCCUGGGAUACUCCACUCACUGAUGGUGGAUCUAAAAUCACAAACUACAUUGUAGAGAAGAGAGAGUCUGUCAGGAAGGCCUACACUACCGUCACCAGCAACUGCACAGCCAACUCAUUUAAGAUUGAAGAGCUGCCUGAGGGUGGAACUUUCUACUUCAGAGUCUGUGCUGCUAAUGAAUAUGGCCUAGGACAGAUGGUUGAAACCAAAGAAAUCAAAGUAUCUGAGGUACCUCUGCCACCAAGCAAGGUUACCCUUGUAGAUUUGACAAAGAACAGCGUAUCAUUGGCAUGGAACAAACCUGCCCAUGAUGGUGGAAGCAAGGUGAUGUGUUACAAUGUAGAAUUUAUGCCCAAGAGUGGAGAUAAAUGGGGCACAGCCUGCACAGUCAAGGUGCCUGAAGCAAAAAUUCCUAAUCUGACUCCUAAUGAAGUCUAUUUAUUCAGAGUUGUUGCAAUCAACGAGAAAGGAAAGAGUGAGCCGAAGGAUCUGGGCUUGCCUGUGGUUGCAAAGGAUGUUGCAAUUGAGCCCUCGGUUAACUUACUUUUCAAUACAUACAGUGUGAAGGCUGGGGAUGACCUCACUCUUGAGGUUCCUGUAAGAGGCAGGCCAAAGCCUGUUGUAUCCUGGAAGAAAGAUGGUCUUCCUUUAAAACAAACAUCAUCAGUCACCAUCUUAAACACUGCAACCUCAUCCAAAAUACUCCUCAAAGAGGCUAGCAGAGAACACGUUGGCAAAUAUGCGAUCACCCUGGCCAACACAGGAGGAACUGUCACCACAGAUAUUACUGUAGUUGUCCUUGAUAAACCAGGUCCACCCAAUGGUAUUAAGGUCGAUGCUGUGACCUCAGACAGCAUCACACUGUCCUGGUCACCACCAGAUUAUGAUGGUGGCUGCUCCAUCAGUAACUAUAUUGUAGAGAAGAGAGACACAAACACACAAGAAUGGCAAAUGGUUGCAAGUAAUGUUGCAAGAACAAGUUACAAGGCUGGCCGCCUCACACAUGGUGCAGAAUACCAAUUCCGUAUCUAUGCUGUCAACCGUUAUGGAAAGAGUACAUAUCUGGAUUCACCUGGAAUUUCUGCUCAGUAUAACUUCAAACAACCUGGACCUCCUUCCACGCCCAUAGUGAAAUUGGCCACCAAGUCCUACAUGCUUGUGACCUGGAAUGAGCCAGUCAAUGAUGGUGGAAGUUCUGUCCUGGGCUACCAUCUGGAGAGAAAGGAGCGUUCCAGCAUUCUGUGGACCAAGAUGAACAGAGGAAUGAUUAAAGAUACAGAAUACAAAGUCAAUGGAAUUGAAGAGGGCAUGAUGUAUGAAUACCAUGUUUAUGCUGAAAAUAUUGCUGGCAUUGGUAAAUGUAGCAAAGCUUGUGAAGCUGUAGCAGCCAGAGAUCCAUGUGAUCCCCCAGGCACACCUGUGGUCACAGCUGUUACCAGAACAUCUGUCUCCCUUUCUUGGGAAAAACCAGAGUAUGAUGGUGGAGCAAAGGUUUCUGGCUACUCCAUCGAACGCAGAGAUCUUCCAGAAGGACGCUGGACAAGGUGCAACUUUACCAAUGUGCCAGAGACCCACUAUGAUGUGACAGGCCUAACAGAAAAUAGCCAGUAUGACUUCCGUGUCAUUGCUAAGAAUGCAGCCGGAUUGUUCAGCGACCCAUCUGACAACACUGGUUCCAUCACUGUCAAGGAUGAUGUGGAUCCACCACGCAUCAUGAUGGAUGUGAAGUUUAGAGAGGCAGUGUUAGUGAAAGCAGGUGAAACUCUGAAGAUUAAUGCUGACCUUGCCGGGCGUCCUGCUCCUGUCGUCUCCUGGACGAAGGAUGGCAAAGAUAUUGAGUUGAGAGCCAGAAUCCAAGUAGUCUCUACAGAUACCAGCACUUCUGUCAUUGUUAAGGACUGCAUCAGAACAGAUUCUGGACAGUAUGCCCUGACUCUACAAAAUAUUGCCGGAAAAGUUACUAUGCCAAUAAACUGUGUAAUUAUUGAUAAGCCCGGACCCUCAGCAGGACCUCUGCAGAUCACAGGUCUCACAGCUGAGCACUGCACCCUGUCAUGGGGUCCUCCUCAGGAGAUUGGUGGUGCUGAUAUCACACAUUAUAUUGUUGAGAAGCGUGAGACCAGUCGCUUGGCAUGGACACUGGUGAAGGAAGACAUCUCAAGCACAUACUUCAAAGUCACAGGACUGCUAAAGGGCAAUGAAUAUGUCUUCAGGGUUUUGGCUGUCAACAAGCAUGGACGUGGUGAGGCUCUGGUGAGUGAUACCGUAAAGGUCACAGAUCCAUACACUUUUGCCACUGCCCCAGCUAAUGUUGAUGUCACAACCAUAACUGGAGAUUCAAUGACCCUCACCUGGUGCAAGCCAGCCAGUGAUGGAGGCAGCCCCAUUACUGGAUAUGUAAUUGAGCGACGCGAGAAGACAGGAAUGCGUUGGGUCAGAGUGAUCAGAGAUCCAGUUCUUGAAUGUACCAGUGUAGCAACCAAACUGCGCAAGGGUUGUGAGUAUGACUUCAGAGUCUAUGCUGAAAAUGCUGCUGGUCUGAGUCCUCCAAGUGAACCAUCUGCAACAUUCAGAGCAAUCGAUCCUCUGGUCGUUCCCUCACGCCCAACCAAGCCAAAACCUGUCAGUUCAACCGUGGACACAGUGUCCAUUGUCUGGAAACCACCAACAGAUGAUGGUGGUGCUCCCGUCCUUGGAUACAGUGUUGAAUACAGAGACUACAUCCGCAAACCAGAGCCAGAGGUAGAGGAAGAAGAGGAAGAAUAUGAGGAGGAGGAAGAGGAAGAGGAAUCACCUGAAGAACUAGCAAGAUGGGUUGAAGCUAUCCCUCUUACCAAGAGCUUGGAAUUCACAAUCACAGGACUAAAGACUGACAAAGAAUACGAGUUCUGUGUCAAGGCACUAAACAAAGUUGGCAGUAGUGUGCGCAGUCCAUAUUCAGAUGCAGCUGCAGCAAUGGACAGAACUGCAGAGCCAUCAUUUGAUGUUGAUAUUGAGAUGCGUAAAGUACUUAGUGUUAAACAUGGCACAGCAUUUACUCUAAAUGUUCCAUUCAAGGGAAAACCUGUGCCAUCAGUGGAAUGGGCCAAGGAGGGUGUUGAUCUUAAAGUCAGGGGAACAAUUGAAUCAACAGAUUCUAGCACUUCCCUGACCAUUGAGAAGUCCAGUAGAAAUGACUCCGGCGAGUACAGUGUCACAAUAGAAUCCCCACUGGGAAAAGCAACACUGCCUGUGGUUGUCAAGGUGCUGGACUCUCCUGGCCCCCCUGUCAAUGUUAAAGUGUCAGCAGUUACUAGGGAUUCAGCAACCCUCACUUGGGAAGCUCCAGAGAACGACGGUGGCGAUGCAGUGAAGGUCUAUCAUGUUGAGAAACGUGAAGCCAGUAAGAAGGCCUGGGUGUCUGUGACCAGCAACUGCCGUGCACUGACUUACAAGGUGGAAGCCUUGCAGGAAGGAGCCAUCUAUUACCUGAGAAUUAUUGGAGAAAAUGAGCAUGGAGUCGGUGUCCCUCAGGAGGCCAAGGCUGGAACCAAGAUUACAGAGGCACCAAGUCAACCCAUGAAACUUGGAGUUGCAAAUGUUACCAAGGACAGCAUCACAAUUGCCUGGACCAGACCAGAGUAUGAUGGUGGUAGCAGAGUUAAAGGUUACCUUAUUGAUGCUCUGGAGAAAGGACAGACCAAGUGGGUGAAGUGUGCCACUGUGAAGACCAUGACUCACACUAUCAAGAGCCUGAGGGAGAAUGCUGAGUACUUCUUCAGAGUGCGAGCCGAGAACCAUGCUGGACUCAGUGAACCCAAAGAGAUGAUCGUACCAGUUAUUGUCAAGGAAAUACAAGAGGCGCCAGAGUUUGACCUGACGAACUACCCGAAGAGUACAGUUUAUGUUAAAGAAGGAUCCGACCUGACCUUUGAGAUUCCUCUCACUGGCAGGCCCAUGCCUACAGUGACCAUGUCCAAGAACAAUGUUGUCAUCAAGGGAUCGAAGAGGCUGCUGACAGAUGUGACACCAGACAGCUUGAUCGUCACUCUAAAGGAAAGCAUUGCAAGUGAUGCUGGCAAAUAUGAAGUCACUGCCUCAAAUGUGGGAGGUACAACAAAGAUCUCCGUUAUCUUCGUGGUUUUGGCCAAACCCGGCCCCACUGGUCCGGUUGAGAUUGGAGAAAUUGGCGAGACAACGGUGUGUCUGAAAUGGGCUCCUCCAGAAUAUGACGGUGGCAGUCCUGUUACUAACUACAUCGUUCUGAAGCGUGAAACCAGCACCCCCAACUGGGCCGAAGUCUCAACUAAUAUUGCCAGAAGUGUGAUCAAGGUGUCUAAGCUGACCAAGGGAGAGGAGUAUCAGUUCAGAAUCAAGGCUCAAAAUCGUUUUGGUGUCAGUGACCACAUUGACAGCAAAUCGGUCCUGAUCAAGCUUCCAUACACCAUCCCUGGACCUCCAUCCACACCUUGGAUCGGCUUUGUAUCGAGGGAGAACCUGACAAUCUGCUGGAAUGAGCCAGUAACUGAUGGUGGAAACCCUGUGAUAGGAUAUCAUCUCCAGAUGAAGGAGAGGAGCAGCAUCCUCUGGCAGAAGAUCAAUAAGACAGCGAUCCCAGCAAACCAGUGGCGAGUUGCAAACAUCUGCCCUGGCCACAUCUAUGAGUUCAAGGUGGCAGCUGAAAAUGCCGCUGGUAUUGGAAAGCUCAGCAAGACCUCUGAGGAGGUGCUUGCUAUUGAUGCCUGCGAGCCUCCAGCAAACGUCCGCAUCACAGAAGUCACCAAGAACUCAGUCAGCUUGGCCUGGCAGAGGCCUCCAUAUGAUGGUGGCAGCAAGAUUACUGGCUACAGUUUGGAGAGAAGGGAAGCCGCCAGUGGAAGAUGGGUGAAAGCCAACUUCACCAAUAUUAUUGAAAUGGGUUUCACUGUAUCUGGACUCAAUCAGGAUGAGUCUUAUGAGUUCAGAGUUUGUGCCAGGAAUGCUAUUGGUUCUGUCAGCAACCCAUCUCUGAUUGCUGGCCCAGUCACUUGUGUCGACGCAUGUGGUGCACCAGCCAUUGACCUUCCUCCAGAGUAUCUAGAUGUGGUUCAGUACAAGGCUGGAGCUUCAGUUAAGCUCAAAGUGGGAAUUAUUGCCAAACCUCUGCCAACCAUUGAGUGGCUCAAGAAUGGAAAUGAGCUGGUAGCAACCUCUACUAUGUGUGUGGAAAGUACAACAGACUCUUCUGCUGUUCUGAUCAAGGAUGCAAGUCGCUUUGACUCAGGCUCGUAUGAGGUCAAGAUCAAGAAUGUUCUCGGAUCGGCAUCUGCUACCAUCAGGAUUGAAAUCCUAGACAAACCUGGACCUCCAGCCGGCAGCAUUAACUUCAACUCCGUCACAGCAGACAAUAUCCUCUUCAGCUGGGAACCUGUGCCUGAGUCUGACCAGGGAGGUUCUAAGGUGACCCACUAUAUUGUCGAGAGGCGUGAAACCAGCCGAGUGGUCUGGUCCACUGUGUCAGACGAGCACGAGGAGACAUAUGUCUCCGUUGGCAAGCUGGUGCGUGGAAAUGAAUAUGUGUUCCGCGUCAUGGGAGUUAAUAAGUAUGGAGCUGGAGAGUCACUGGAGUCUGAGCCUGUCGUCGCUAAGAACUCCUUUGUGACUCCUGGCCAGCCUCGUACUCCUGAGGUGAACAUCAUCACCAAGUCCACCAUGGUGGUAGAAUGGGACAAACCAGGUGUAGAUGGAGGCAGCUCUGUGACUGGCUACUAUCUGGAGAGACGUGACAAGAAGAGCUUGCGCUGGAUCAGAGUUUACAAAGACCCGGUCACUGAUAUCAAACAGACCGUGUACCACCUGACAGAAGGAAACGAGUACCAGUAUCGGGUCUGUGCCAUGAACAAGGCAGGAGAGGGCCCGUUCUCUGAUGCAUCAGACUGCUACAAGGCGGCCGACCCAGUUGAUCCACCAUAUGAGCCUUGCAAGCUGAAGGUGGUGGACUCCACCAAGACAUCCAUCACCUUGGGCUGGUCCAAGCCAGAAUGGGAUGGUGGCAGUGAGGUCACCAGCUUCAUGGUGGAGAAGCUGGUCGAGGGAGAGACAGAAUGGGCUAUGAUUACCUCUAAGGGAGAGGUCAAGACAAAAGAGUACACAGUUCAUGAACUAAAACCAGACGUCAACUACUUCUUCAGAGUAUCUGCUGUCAACUGUGCUGGCCGUGGAGAACCUCUGGAGAUGACGGAACCUGUGCAGGCUAAAGAUAUCCUCGAGGAGGCUCAGAUUGACUCAGACGUGGCCAUGAGGACUCACUACAUUGUAAAGGCUGGCAAGGAUGUGGAGCUCUCUGUUCCUCUGAAAGGCCGACCUGCUCCCACUGCUUCAUGGAGCAUGGGAGACGAAUGCAUCGAUCGUAACCCCAAAUAUGAGUUCCACCACUCAGACACAACCACAGUCCUCGUUAUGCGUGAGGUGACCAGGCUUGACACUGGAAAGUACACAGUCAGGAUAGAAAAUGGUGUGGGAGAAGCCAAGACUCUAACCCUGUCUGUGAAAGUCCAGGACACCCCAGCUCAGUGCAGGAACCUGGUGCUGAAGGACGUGACCCGUGGAAAGGUUACUCUCUGCUGGGAGCCUCCACUCCUCGACGGUGGCGCCGAGAUCACAAACUACAUUGUUGAGAAGAGGGACUCCUCCAAGAGAUCCUUCUCUGCAGUCACAAGCAAAUGCGCAGAAACAACAUACACUAUGGAAGAUAUGUCUGAGAAAACAUCCUUCUUCUUCCGUGUGUUAGCAGAGAAUGAGAACGGUGUUGGUGAUCCAUGUGAUACACUUGAGCCUGUGAAGGCCACAGAGACUCCAGGACCAGUCAAGGAGGUCUCCAUGAAGGAUUCAUCAAAGACAUCUGUCACACUGCAGUGGCUGAAGCCUGAUUAUGAUGGUGGCAGCAUCAUCUCGGACUACGUCAUUGAGAAGAAGCUUAAAGGCGAGGAAUGGUCAUCGGGAGGAUCCAGCCGACAAUGUGAGUUUGAGGUCAAGAAACUCAAGGAGCACACAGACAUGUUCUUCAGAGUGGCUUCCAGGAAUGAGAAGGGACAGGGAGAUUUUGUUGAGACUGGACCCAUCAAGGUCAUUGACUACAUCAUCACACCUGAGGCAAGCCUUGCUGAGUACCCAGAGGGCAGAGUCAGUGUUCGCCUGGGUCACAAUGUGCACAUUGAGUUGCCAUACAUAGGUAAACCCAGACCGGCGAUUCUGUGGCUGAAAGACAAUCUGCCGCUGAAGGAGAGCGACCAAGUUCGCUUCAAGAAGACAGAAAACAAAGCCACGCUGAUGAUAAAGAACGUGAAGAAGGAGAAUGAGGGUAAAUACACCCUGACCCUGGACAAUAAGGUCAACAGGAGAUCCUUCCACAUUCAUGUCAUCACACUUGGACCACCAUCGAAGCCUGUUGGCCCCAUCCGACUGGAUGAAGUGAGAGCUGAGAGCAUCAUGAUCUCCUGGGAUGAACCCAAUGAUGACGGUGGUGGAGAUAUCAGCUGCUACACAGUGGAGAAGCGUGACACGGCCCAGUCUGACUGGAAGAUGGCUUGCUCCAGUGUAGAAGAUACACAAUUUAAGCUCUCCAACCUGAUCAAGGGUGUCCAGUAUCAGUUCAGAGUGUGUGCUGAGAACAGAUAUGGAGUCAGUGAAGCUCUGGUCUCACAGAUGGUCAUCGCCAAGCACCAGUUCAGGCCUCCAGGCCCACCAGGCAAGCCUGUUGUUUACAAUGUCACCAACGAUGGAAUGACCAUCCAGUGGGAGCAGCCCAUCUAUGACGGUGGCACCCCCAUUCAGGGCUUCCAUGUGGAGAAGAAGGAGAAGAACAGCAUCAUGUGGCAAAAGGUGAACACGAUGCUGAUUAAAGAAAACGACUACAGGAUUCUGGAACUCAUUGAAGGCCUUGAGUACUCCUUCAGGGUCUUCGCCCAGAAUGAUUCCGGCUUCAGCCGAAUGAGUGACGAGAGCAAGUCGACCAUGGCCGUCAGUCCUGUCGAUCCUCCUGGUCAGCCCGACUACACGGAUGUGACCAGUGACUCGGUGACACUGAAGUGGGAUGCACCCAAACGUGAUGGUGGUAGCAAGAUCACCGGUUACAGCAUUGAGAAACGCCAGGGACAUGGUCGCUGGUUCAAGGCCAACUUGACCGACGUACAUGAAUGCGAGUACGCUGUCACUGGGUUGGCGACAAAUGAACGCUACGAGUUCAGAGUCAUCGCCAGGAACGCCAUCGGUGUUGUCAGUCCUCCUUCCAACUCCUCUGGCUUGAUUGUUGUCAGGAGUGAGAACGCUUCUCCAAAUAUUGAGUUUGGCCCAGAGUACUUUGAGGGUUUGACAGUCAAGGCAGGAGACAACAUCAGGCUGAAGGUCACCAUCACUGGACGCCCAGUCCCCAAGGUCAUCUGGUUCAGAGACGGUGUGCAGGUUACCAAAAAGAUGAUGGACAUUAUCAAUGUAGCUGGAUCCACGACCCUGUUUGUCAGGGAUGCCGACCGCACGCACCGUGGCCUCUACACUGUGGAGGCCACCAAUGGAUCCGGAUCCAGGAAGGAGAACAUCCUUGUUCAAGUCCAAGACACACCCGGGGAGCCAGUGGGACCCAUCACUUUCAGUAGCAUCUCAGAGGGCAGGUGCACUCUGUCCUGGAACCCACCAGAGAACGACGGCUGCUCCGAGAUUUCACAUUACAUCAUUGAGAAACGUGAGACUGCCAAGAUCUCGUGGGCCUUGGUGUCUGAUGAGUGUGAGGAGUGCGUGUUCGAAGCGUCCAAGCUCAUCAAGACCAACGAGUACCAGUUCAGAGUCUCUGCUGUCAACAAGUUCGGAGUAGGCAGACCUUUGGAAUCCAGCCCUGUCAUUGCACAGAUGCAGUACACCUCUCCUGAAGCUCCAGGAACUCCUGAUGCCACUGAGGUGACAGGAGAGAGCAUCACUCUCUCAUGGGCACCUCCAACAUCCGAUGGAGGAAACUCCAUUCAGUACUACAUUGUGGAGAAACGAGAAAAGAAGACUCUCCGGUUCUACAAGGUGAUUACCAAGAAGCCCAUCAUCGAAUGUGCUCACAAGGUGCUUCACCUGACAGAAGAUACAGAAUACGAGUUUCGUGUCAUGGCCGUGAAUGAUGCUGGUGUUGGAGCUCCGAGCAACAUCUCGAUGCCCAUUAAAGCCGCUGAGCCAAAGGAUAUUCCUUGUGCUCCCUCUGUGGUCUGCGUCUCUGACUCCAGCAACACAUCCAUCAGUCUGGAAUGGAGCAGGCCUGCAGAUGAUGGAGGUCUGGACGUUCUGGGCUACAUUAUUGAGAUGAUGAAGGGAGAAGACACAGAAUGGACGAGAGCAAAUACAGAGCUGGUGGCAGAAACGAAUUACACAGUGACUGGUCUCCAGACAGGAGUUGAUUACAGGUUCCGUGUGGCAGCUGUCAAUCACGUGGGCAGAGGUGAGGAGAAGGAGACUCCAGAGCCGACUCAAGCUGUUGACAGGCUGAUGCCUCCACAGGUGGAUAUUGACGCCACCUUCAAGCAGACACACAUUGUGAAGGCUGGAGGUUCAGUGUGCCUGGGCAUCAACUUCAGAGGAAAACCCAUCCCCACAGCCACCUGGAUGAGAGAGGAAGGAGAGCUGGAUGCCCUGUCAGAAAUCACCACUACAGACGGCUCCAGUUCCCUGACCAUUGAAAACUGCUCUAGAAAUAAUACAGGAAAAUACACUGUUAACCUGGAGAAUGCCAGCGCCAGCAAGGCCGUUACGUUCACUGUAAAGGUGAUGGAUACACCUGGAGCUCCACAGGCUGUGGUCUUGCAGGAGGUAUCCAGAGGCUCAGUCACACUUACAUGGGAGCCUCCUCUCAAUGAUGGGGGAGCUCGAAUCCAUCACUAUAUUGUUGAGAGGCGUGAGGCCAGCCGUCGCACAUGGCAGCAGUCUGGUGGCAAGUGCAAGCAGCACAUCCUGAAGAUCCAGGACCUGCUGGAGGGAGUGCCGUACUUCUUCAGAGUGUCUGCAGAGAACCAGCAUGGUGUCGGUGAAGCAUUUGAACGGACUGAGCCUGUCAUUGCCACUGCAGAGCCAGCAUCUCCAAAGAGAAUGGACAUCCUGGACACCACAGACAGCUCUGUGUCACUGGGCUGGCUGAAACCUGAGCACGAUGGCGGCAGCCGCAUCCAGUGCUACGUCGUCGAGGCAAAGCCAAAGGGUUCGGACAAAUGGGUCGUGGUUGGUAACACCAAGAGCCUCACUUAUGUGAUUGAAAAGCUCAACAAGGGCGAUGAGUAUGACUUCCGUGUGAAGGCCAAGAAUGAAGCCGGCUACAGCAAGCCCAGGGAAACUUUGGCGCCUGUGUUGGUCAAAGAGCCUCAUAUUGAACCUGCUGCUGACCUCAGUGAGAUCACCAACCAGCUGAUCACGUGCAGCUCCGGCAAAACCUUCACCAUCGAUGUUCCCACCAGUGGUAGACCUGCUCCUAAAGUCACCUGGAAGCUGGAGGAAAUGAGGCUGAAGAGCUCAGACAGAGUCUCCAUUGAAGUAACAAAGGACCGAACCAGUAUCUCAGUCAAAGAGGCCAUGAGAGGAGACGGUGGUAAAUACUACCUGACUCUGGAGAAUGUGGCAGGAACCAGGACUUUCACUGUUGAAGUGAAUGUCACCGGUAGACCCAGUCCUCCAACUGGUCCCAUCGAAAUCUCCUCCAUCACCUCUGAGUCCUGCGUCGUUAAUUGGGAACCACCGGAGGAUGAUGGCGGCACUGACAUCACCAACUACAUUGUUGAGAAACGUGAGUCUGGUUCCACAGCCUGGCAGCUCAUCAAUUCCAGUGUGAAACGCACCAGUCUCCAUGUCAGUCACCUGACCAAGUACAUGCAGUACACAUUCAGGGUAUCUGCUGAGAAUAUAUUCGGUGUCAGCAAACACACCGAGUCUGAGACCAUCGUCGCCGAGCAUCCUUUCACACCUCCUGGACCUCCAACAAGGCCGUCAGUGUUCAAUGCCACCGCCAACACAAUGACCAUGAAGUGGGAGGAGCCCUACCAUGAUGGUGGCAGCAAAGUGACAGGCUACUGGAUUGAGAAGAAGGAGAGGAACAAUAUCCUGUGGGUGAGGGAGAACAAGAUCCCCUGCUUUGAUUGUUACUACAAGAUGGAAGGUCUAGUUGAAGGCCUGGAGUACCAGUUCAGGGUUUAUGCCAUGAACAGUGGUGGGCUGAGCAAAGCCAGUGAGGCCUCGAAGGGAGCAGUUGCGCAAAACCCAGUUGAUUCUCCAAGUAAACCAGAGGUCACAAAUGUUACAAGAACCACAGUCUCCCUCAAGUGGUCUGCUCCACUGAACGAUGGUGGCAGUCCCAUCGUGGGCUACAUCAUCGAGCGUAAGCCGUACACUUUGACCGGCGAGGGCCGCUGGCUCAAGUGUAACUACACCAACGUGACCGACAACUUCUACACUGUUACUGCCCUGGGAGAAGGAGAGCCCUAUGAGUUCAGAGUCAUCGCCAAGAAUGCCAACCAGGUCUUCAGUCGGCCAUCCGAGUCCACUGGAUCUGUGCAGUGCAAGACAGACUUUGAGCCUCCAAAGGCCCAGCUGGACAGCAAACUCUUGUCUGAAACAGUGAUGGUCAGAGCCGGUUCAGACCUGGUUCUGGACGCUGCAGUGGGAGGCAGGCCGGACCCCAAGGCUUCCUGGUCCAAGGGCAACAGAGACCUGGACUUGUGUGAAAAGUACAACCUGCAGUACACCCCCACAAGGGCCAUGGCUAUAAUCAAAUUCUGUGACAGAGAUGACACUGGAAAGUACAUCCUCACGGUCAGGAACGUGAGUGGAACCAAGACUGCUGAGGUCAACGUCAAAGUGCUUGAUACACCUGGAGUGUGUGAAGGCAGCAUUGAAAUCAGCAAAAUCACACAGGAGUCAUGCGCCCUGAGCUGGAAGCCUCCACUCGAGGAUGGAGGAGACGAUGUCGCUCACUACAUUGUGGAGAGACGGGACACCAACAGGCUGAACUGGGUCAUCAUGCAUGCAGAGUGCAAGGAGCUGACCUGUGACAUCACCGGGUUGUUCAAGAACACAGAGUACCUGUUCAGAAUCCGGGGAGUCAACAAGUACGGAGCUGGAAUUCCCCUGCAGUCAGGAGCCAUGGUCGCCAGAAACACGUUCACUGUGCCAAGUCCUCCAGGUGGUCCAGAGAUCCUAGUAUCAGGAAAGGACUUUGCCACCAUCGAGUGGCUGAAGCCAGAGAGCGACGGUGGCAGCCCAUUGAUCCACUACCUGGUGGAAAGGCACGAGAGGAAGAGUGCCCGCUGGGUGAAGGUCAACAGGGAUGGAGCUUACCUAGACACCAUGCUGAAGGUGUCUGGUUUGACCGAAGGCAACAUCUACCAGUUCAGAGUGACUGCCAUCAACAAGGCUGGAGAGAGUGAAGCCAGCGAGGUUUCUCUGUAUGUCGUCUGCAGAGUGCCAACAUGCACCCCCGCCCCUCCCUCUAUCCCUCGUGUCACUGACACCCACGCUGACAGCAUCAGCCUGGCCUGGGCCCGACCGGUGGAGGACGGAGGAGCGGAUGUGAUCGGCUACAUUCUGGAGACGCAGGAGGCCGGAGCAGAGGAGUGGAAGAAGGCCCACGAAAAGACCCUUCGUGCUGCUGAGUAUGUGGUGACCGGACUUUCUGCCGGCAAGAAGUACUGCUUCAGAGUGGCUGGCAUCAACGUCAACGGUACGGGAGACUGGAGUGAACCCUGCGCUGAGACCGAACCAGUGGAGAGAAUUGAAAUUCCUGACUUCGAGCUCCACGACGACCUGAAGAAGACCAUCUGCCUCCGCGCUGGUGGCUCCCUCCGCCUGUUUGUCAGUGUCAGUGGUCGUCCCAAUCCUGCCGUCUCCUGGAGCAAGCCAGACGUCGACCUUCACAACAGAGGCUUCAUUGAGGUCACCAAUACGUCCACCACACUCAUCAUCGACAAGGUCAACCGCUACGAUGCGGGCAAGUACACACUGAUAGCCGAGAACUCUGCAGGCAAACAAGAAGUCAACAUCCUGGUCAAGGUCUAUGAUACUCCUGGACCAACUGGACCAAUCAAAAUCAAGGAGCUGAACAAAGAUUCUGCCACCAUCUCUUGGGAAGCACCAACUGUAGAUGGUGGUGCUCCCGUCAACAACUUCAUCAUAGAGAGGCGUGAGGCCUCAAUGAGAGCCUACAAGACGGUGACGUCCAAGUGCAGCAAGACGUCCUAUAAGAUAGAUGGCCUGAUGGAAGGCAUGCUGUACUACUUCCGGGUCCUCCCUGAGAACAUCUAUGGAAUCGGAGAACCGCGCGAGACACCUGACGUCAUCCUGGUGUGCGAGGUGCCUUUGCCACCACACAAACUGGAGGUAGUCGAUGUCACCAAGAGCAGUGUGACCCUGGGAUGGCAGAAGCCUGAGCAUGAUGGUGGCAGCAGACUGACAGGCUACAUGAUUGAGGCCUGCAAGUUCGGCACCGACAAGUGGAUGAAGGUGGCCACACUGAAGCUCACAGACUUUGAGCACACCAUCGAGAAGCUGAAUGAGCAUGAACAGUAUUUGUUCAGACUCAGAGCAAUCAACAGCAGAGGAGCCAGUGAGCCCAAAGAGCUUCUCACCGCGGUCACUGUGCAGGAACAGAGAGUGAUGCCCGUGGUGGACUUUUCCAGUUGUCCUCAGAAGGUCGUCAAUGUCCUCGCUGGCAAGACUCUGGAGCUGGACCUGCCCCUCGUUGGCAGACCUCCUCCCGUCUGCUCUUGGUACUUGCGGGACAACAAGAUGAAAGUUACUGACCGUGUCACGAUCAAGAGCACCGGCAAGUUCUCCAAACUCACUGUGUCCGACACCACCAUCGACGACAGCGCUGACUACACCCUCGAGGUGAAGAAUGCAGUUGGCGUCCUCACAGAGGUCAUCAAGGUCAUCAUCCUGUCUAAACCCGAUGAACCGAAGGGACCCAUCAGCUUUGAUGAGAUUGAUGCCACCACCGUCACCUGCAGCUGGGAGCCUCCCGUCAGAGAUGGUGGCGCUCCGGUCAGUGGCUACGUGGUCGAGAAGCGUGAUGCUCACAGACCUGGCUGGUUGCCGGUCUGUGACUCUGUUAGCCGACCCACUUUCAAGUUUGAAAACCUGAAUGAGGGAGAUGAGUAUGUCUUCCGUGCAGCUGCCAUCAAUCGUUAUGGCACUGGAGAGUUCCUACAGUCCGACAUUGUCACCUGCAAGAGCUUGAAUGAUGUGCCUGGACCUCCUGGCCGUCCAACAGUGUUUGAUGUUUCUCGUGAUGGCAUGACUGUUGCCUGGAACCCACCAGAAGGAGAUGGUGGCCUUGAGGUUUCUGGAUAUAUCAUAGAGCGCAAAGAAGUCAGGUCCGACAGAUGGGUGCGCGCUAACAAGAACCCCGUCACCAUGACCAGAUACAGGUCAACAGAGCUGAUCGAGGGCCUGGAGUUUGAACACAGAAUCACUGCAAUCAAUGCCAGAGGCCUGAGUAAACCCAGUCUGCCAUCCAAACCAGCUGUGGCAACAGAUCCCAUCGAUCCACCUGGUUGUCCACAGAACCCGAGGAUCACCGACACCACCAAGUCCUCAGUAUCAUUGGCUUGGAGUCCACCUGAUGAUGAGGGAGACGCAAGGGUGGAUGGUUACCUGAUUGAGAUGCAGAAGACAGGCACUAUGGCCUGGAUCAAGUGCAACACCACCCCAUCUCUGAUCUGUGAAUACACACUGACCAACAUGCCACAAGGAGAGGAGUUCAAAUUCCAUGUGAUGGCCUGCAAUGCCGGUGGCUCUGGAGAGCCUGCGGAAGUGCCGGGAACUGUCACAGUGACCGAGAUGCUUGAAUCUCCUGAUUAUGAAUUAGAGCUGAAGUACAAAGACGUGUAUGUGGUCCGCCAGGGAGGAGUAGUUCGACUCUCUGUGCCCACCAAGGGAAAACCUCAUCCAGUCUGCAAAUGGUUGAAGGAUGCAGGAGCAGUCUCCACCAAGGCCAUGAUUGCCUCCACUGAAGAUGCCAGCGAACUGGUGAUCAAGGGGGCUGAGAGGAGUGACUCUGGUGUGUAUGACCUCCUGCUGGAGAAUAAGGUCGGCAAAAAGAAGGCCCAAAUCAAGGUGAAGGUCAUUGGGCGCCCAGCUGCUCCAGAGGGACCAAUGGUCUUUGAGGAGAUCCAGGCAAACUCUGUCAAGGUGGCAUGGAAGGUACCCACUAAUGACGGGGGCUCAGAGAUCUUAGGUUACAUUGUGGAAAGACGUGAGGCAGCCAGAAACGCCUGGUAUGCCGUGGACUCCAGAGUGACUGACACUCAGCUGGUUGUCAAGGGCCUGAAGGAAGGAACCGAGUACCACUUCAAGGUCACAGCUGAAAACUCCUUCGGAGUUAGUGCCUCCCUAAAGUCAGAGCAGCCAGUGGUGCCUCAGACUCCUCUUUGUCCUCCUGAGUCUUCAAGCACCCCACCAGAGAUCAUGGACGUCACCAAGAGCUCUGUGGCCCUGGCUUGGUCCAGACCCAAGGACGACGGUGGUUCUGCCAUCACUGGGUACUUUGUUGACUACAAGCUGGUGUCUACUGAGACAUGGUCCCGCCACCAGACCAAGAUCAUCUCCACCAUGUUCACUCUGCCUGGACUCACCCCGGACUCAGACUACCAGUUCCGCAUUGUUGCCGUAAACGACGUUGGUGAGAGUGAGGCUGGUCCUGUGUCUGACCCAGUCACAUGCAAGGAUCCAUUUGACAAGCCAAGUCAACCAGGUGAGAUCGACACAGUUAAUGUGACAAAGAACUGCAUCAGCCUCCGCUGGCAAGCUCCAGAGUGCGACGGUGGAAAGGAAGUCCUGGGCUACUGGGUGGAGUACAGGAAAUCAAUCGAGAGCACUUGGAAGAAGUCCAACAAGCAAAGGGUGAAGGACAAGGAGUUCACCAUGCCUGGACUGGUUGAGGCCACCGAGUACGAGUUCAGAGUGUUUGCUGAGAAUGAGACAGGAAUGAGCCGACCCCGAAGGACCACCACAUGCAUCAAGACCAAACUGAGCGUUGAAACUAAGCCAAGCCUGAGGAAGGAAAUGGACGAAGUAACUGUCAAACUGGGCCAGCCUGCGGUCAUGAAGUGCCAGAUCAUUGGUAGACCUGUUCCUGACAUCAAAUGGUAUCAUGGCGACAAAGAGGUUGUCGAAUCACGCAAGUAUGAGAUGAGCUCCGAUGGCCGCAACCACUCCCUGUCAAUAACGACCAACCAGCAGGACGAUGAGGGACAGUACACCUGUAAGGCCAUCAACGAGGCCGGAGAUGCUGAGACCGCAGGUCUCCUGGUGUUGGAGGCAGCUCCAUCCUUCCAUGCUGACUACCCAUUGAAGGCCACCUACUAUGCUGGUCUGGGAACUACUCUGCGUAUCCACGCCGUCUACAUCGGCCGCCCAGAGCCAAAGAUCAUGUGGCUGCAUGGAGUGAAGACUCUGGAGAACACAGAAGACAUCAACAUUGAGACAACCGAGCAUUACACACACCUUGUCAUUAAGAAUGUGCAACGCAGAUUACAUGGAGGCAAAUACAGGAUCAGACUGCACAACCACUUUGGCAGAGCUGACACCGCCUUCAAUGUGGAAAUCUAUGACAAACCUGACCUUCCACAGGGUCCCAUUGUCCUGGACGCCCUCCUGAAGAAUUCAGUCAUCAUCAGCUGGAAGGCUCCCCAGGACGAUGGAGGCUGCAUGAUCACCAACUACAUCGUGGAGAAGCGUGAGGACAAGGAGGGAACCGAGUGGGAACUGGUGUCCUCAUCCAUUAAUGGAACAUCUUGCCGUGUCCUCAACCUCAUCGACAGUGCUGGAUACUUCUUCCGUGUGUAUGCCCAGAAUCGCUAUGGCAACAGUGAGCCAUUGGAGCUCACUUCACCUAUUCUCAUCAAGAGCCAAUUGGAGAAACCAUCACCACCUCUGUCACCAGUUGUGUCGGCAAUUACCAAGGACUCCUGCGUGGUUUCCUGGAAGCCUCCACUCAGUGAUGGUGGCUCCAAGAUCAAGAGCUAUUGCCUUGAGAAGAAGAACAAGAAGGACAAAAAGGAAUGGACCGAAUGGACUCCUGUGUCCACAGAUGAGAUCAAACAGACCGUGUUCUCAGUGAAGCAUCUCAAGGAGGCCGCCGAGCACAUCUUCCGUGUGAAGUGCGAGAACGUCGGAGGACAGAGUGACUACAGUGAGGAGACCGCUCCCAUGGUUCCAGUCACGGCUAUGGAGAUCCGUGCUCCAGCCUUCAAGGAGGAGCUGAGGAACAUGAGCGUCAAGUACAAGAGCAACGCCACCCUCGUCUGCAAGAUCUUAGGACAGCCCAAGCCUGUGAUUAAAUGGUUCAGACGAGGAAAGGAGAUCCAUUCUGACGGAAAGAAGAUCAAGAUCCAGGAGUUCAAGGGAGGUUACCACCAGCUGGUUAUCACUGAGGCUGAUGAGGAAGACUCCACUGUUUACCAGAUCAGAGCCACCAACCAGGGAGGCUCCAUCUGUGCUACAGUCUCUUUGGAUGUUGAAGUCCCUGCCCAGAUCAACCUGCCGAAGAACCUUAAGGACAAAGAAGCCAUCCCUGCCCUGCGUGGAGAGAUGGUUAAUAUCAAGAUUCCUUUCGGUGGCAAACCAGAUCCUGUCAUUACAUGGCAGAAAGGACAAGAUCUCAUCGACAGCAACGGCCACUACCAGGUCAUUGUAACCAGGUCCUUCACGUCCUUGGUGUUCCCCAAUGGAGUGGAGAAGAAGGAUGCUGGUUUCUACAUUGUGUGUGCCAAAAACAGAUUUGGUAUUGACCAACAGACAGUUGAGCUGGAUGUGGCUGAUGUGCCUGAUCCUCCACGUGGUGUCAAAGCCGGAGACGUCUCCAGAGACUCUGUUACUCUGAACUGGGUGGCACCAGCUAAUGAUGGCGGCAGUAAGGUCAUCAGCUACAUCAUUGAGAAAUGCCCCACCACUGCUGAGAGGUGGGAGCGUGUCGCCCAGUCCCGUGACACUCACUACACCGUCAUCAAUCUGUUUGGAGGAACCAGCUAUCAGUUCAGGGUCAUUGCUGAGAACAAAUUUGGACAGAGUGCUCCAUCUGAGACCAGCGGACCUGUCAUGACUAAAGAGGACAAAUCCAGAGUCCUGCUCUAUGACAGGGAGGUUGACGAUACUGGACGUGUCCCCAGGGGCAAGGCUCAACACUCUGAUGCCAAGAAUCUACACAACAAAUAUGCUAUCGCAGAGGAAGUGGGCAGAGGUCAGUUUGGCAUUGUCCACCGCUGUGUUGACAUCAGCUCAGAGAAGACAUACAUGGCUAAAUUUGUCAAAGUGAGAGGUGCUGAUCAAGCAAUAGUCAAGAAGGAAAUUGCAACACUGCGCUUGGCCAAACACACUAACUUCCUCCUUCUCCAUGAGUCUUUUGACAGCCCAGAAGAUCUAGUGAUGAUCUAUGACUUCAUCUCUGGUGUCGACAUCUUCGAGCGCCUCAGCUCAGCAGACUUUGAGCUUAAUGAGCGGGAGAUCGUUAACUACAUCAGACAGAUCUGCUCAGCUCUCGAGUUCUUGCAUGCCGAGAGCUAUGGAAACUUUGAUAUCAGACCUGAGAAUGUUGUGUACGCAACAAGAACCAGCUCUAAUGUAAAGAUCAUCGAGUUAGGCCAGUGCAGACACCUAACUCCUGGAGAACAAAUCAAGAUUCAGUAUACCACUGCAGAGUAUGCAGCCCCUGAGAUCCACCAGUGUGACUUGGUCAGCAGUGUCACUGACAUGUGGCCGGUUGGUGUCCUUGCCUACGUUCUCCUCAGUGGACUCAAUCCAUUCACAUCUGAAACCAACCAACAGAUGAUCGACAACAUCUCCAAUGCAGCCUAUAGCUAUGAAGACGAAUCCUUCACACAGGCCAGUUUUGAGGCAUUAGACUUCACAGACCGCCUCAUGACAAAGGAUCGGAGACAUCGUAUGACUGCUGCCGAGGCUCUGGCGCAUCCUUGGCUUGCAAAGCCUGCAGAGGAAAUCAGCAGCAGAGCAAUCCCAUCUGGUAGGCAUAAAAGAUAUUACCAAGCGAUGGUGAGAAAGGAGUGGAACACCGUUGUGUCUGCAGCCCGCGUGGCCAGUGGCGGCUCCAUCAGGUCCCAGCGUGGAGUCUUUGUCGCCAAGGUGAAGAUUGCUUCCUUUGAACACGGCCCUCUUGCAGGACAGAUUGGACAUGCAGUGGUGAAUGAAGGAGACAAUGUGAAAUUCAUCUGCCACAUUGACAACUAUGAUAGCGCUACUGAAGUGACGUGGUACUGUGGAGUCAGGCAGCUUGAAGCUGGAGAAAAAUAUGAAAUUGAAUAUGAGGAUGGCCUGGCUGUAAUCACCAUCAACAAGGUCACAAGGGCAGAUGAUGGUACCUACAGAUGCAAGGUUGUUAAUGAGUAUGGUGAAGACAGUGCCUACGCCGAGGUGUUCAUCAACAGUGUGAGAUCGUGCCGCGAGUACUUCACCAGUCGUGUGGUCAAGAGAACAAAGCGCAGAGUGGACACUGCCAGAAUGCUUCAGAAACCACCGGAGUUCACCCUCCCUCUGGUCAACCGGACCGCCUACAUGGGAGAAGACGUGCGCUUCAGUGUCACCAUAACGGUUCACCCUGAGCCGCGUGUCAUCUGGCACAAAUCGGGACAGAAACUUAUCCCUGGAAAUGAUGACAAGAAAUAUACCUUUGUCAGUGACAAGGGUCUGUACCAGCUGAUCAUCCACAAACUGGACAAGGAGGAUGAUGCAGAAUAUAGUGUUGUGGCACGUAACAGGUACGGUGAUGACAGCUGCAAGGCUCGUCUUACUGUCGUUCCUCGUCCUAAACCAGCAGAUCUCACCCUGAGGCCCAUGUUCAAACGUCUGCUAGCAAACGUAGAGUGCAGGGAGAGCCAGAAUGCACGGUUUGAAAUCAGAGUGUCUGGCCACCCCACACUGAAGUGGGAGAAAGAUGGCACACCUUUGGCCUUUGGACCAUCUAUUGAGGUUAUCCACGAGGGUCUUGAUUACUACAUCCUUCAUGUGAGAGACACUCUCCCUGAGGACUCUGGCAUAUACAGAGUAACUGCUACCAACUCUGCUGGAUCUGCCAGUUGCCAGUCCACACUCAAAGUGCUGCGUGUCACUCAUGUUAAGAAGGAAUAUGAGACCAGUGAAAAGGAAAAGCAAAAGUUAUCUGGACAGGAAGAAAUGGACAAAAAGUUGAGGCUUUACCAGAUCAUGUCCGGCACUGUUGUUGCACCUCUCCCACCUUUAGCAGUACAAGCUGUCAGGGAGGCCGCCACCAUGUUCAAACCGGCUGUGACAACUAAGAAGGGAGAGAAGACUGAGAUCGAGAUACAGAAAGAACGAGAGGAGAGGAAGAAGCGAGCGGAUGAGAAGAGGCUGCGAAUGCCCUACGACGUCCCCACUCCUCGUGUCUUUAACCCAGCUGUUCUCGAGCAAGAUUUGGAAAUAAAACACUUCAAGCCACUCUCUGACAUGAAAUGGUACAAGACACUGCGAGAUCAGUACGAGUUCCCUGAGCCUAUGGAUAAAAUAAGUCACAAGAGGAUGAAGCGUAUUCGCCUCUCCAGGUGGGAGCAGUUCUAUGAGGUGCCAAUCAGGAUCAAGGACCAGUAUAAGCCCAAGUGGCGCAUCGCAUCCAUCACUCAGGACGACCUGGAGACAGUGAGGCCUGCAAGGCAUCGCACUCCUUCCCCUGAGAUGGAGGCAUACCACAGGAUCAGGAGGAGAUCCCUGGGUGACCUGUCCGAUGAGGAACUGCUGCUGCCUGUGAAUGAGUAUCUGUCCAUGAAGAGAAUUGAGGAGGAGAGGCUUCGUCUGGAGGAAGAGCUGGAACUGGGGUACUCUGUUUCUCCACGGAGCUUCAGCCCAGUUCCCUUUGAGCUGUCCGCCCUGCGUCCCUCAUCUCCUAGAAGAGACUACAGUGAUGAUGAAGAGGAGGAAGGGGUCCGCAGAUAUGACUCCUACCGAAUUCCAUCUAAAUAUGAGGCUGGUCCAAGUUUUGUUGAGCUUCGCCAGCGUCACGACAAAGCUACCCAUACACAUCAGAAGCAGAGGGUUUAUGAAGACAGAGAAGAUGAGGAGCUGCUGCGCCCACACACCACUGCUCAGAGAAUCACAUCAUACAAGAGUGAACUCAAACGCAUGGAGUUUGAGGAGAAGAUGCGAACCUCUAAAAAGGAAACAACUGUCACUGUUGCAAAAGUCUCUGAGAGUGUGGAAUCUGAGUACCUGACGUCCUUUACCUCAGCAUAUAUUCCUAAACCCAUUAAGAAGCUUCCAACGCCUGAACCUCUGAGGGGAACAUCUUCCUCCCUGGAAAAGGCUGCGAAGACAGACAUCGCCUUCCCAAGAGUUGACUUUGCAUCCAGGUACGAGGAGAGGAAGCAGGCUCUGAGGUCAGAGAGGAGAUCAGUGGAGGUUGUGACACAGGCUCGGUUUAGCCUUGACCACGCUCCACAUAUCACCAUCAGGCUGAGAUCCCAUCGCGUCGCCUACGGCUCCAACACAAGGUUCACCCUGAACAUCCAGGCCAAACCAGAAACUGAGGCCAAGUGGUUCCACAAUGGAGAAGAGAUUCAUCAGAGCAGCAAGUACCACAUGACCAAUAUCAGUGGAGUGCUGACCCUCCAGAUCAUCAACUGUGAGACUGAGGAUGCUGGAACCUACCGUGUUGUCUGCAAGAACACCAAAGGAGAGACUUCUGAUUAUGCAACAUUAGAUGUUGCAGAAAACGAAUAUGUUGUUUUCUCUUCACAACGCACAGAUGAGGAGCCUCCAUCCGCCCAUCUGCCUGAAAUGACCAAAACAGAGGAAUAUCACGUCUCCUCCUCUAAAACAACAGAAACCGUAACUGAAACUGUUGAAGAGACCACUACUGUUGUUGAGAAGCCGAGGGAGAAGCCCGGUGCUCCUGCUCAGAUCCUGACCAAACCUCAGUCUCUCACGGUGGAGGAGGGCGGCCUCGCCAGGUUCGACUCUGAUGUCGCUGGUGAACCAGCUCCUUCUAUCACCUGGAUGCGUGAAGGCACAGUUAUUGGUUCCACUGCUCGUCACCACAUUGUCUCCACCCAGAACAACUCCUCCUUCGAGAUCUCUCCCGUCGAGGUGUCAGAUGAAGGCAGCUACACUCUCCUGGUGGAAAAUGCUGCAGGCAAACAAGAGGCUCAUUUCACUCUAUCGAUCCGUAAAUCUGAUUCCAAGGAAGAAGUUGUUGCUCUGACUAGAAUCACCUCUCCAGAGGCUAAGUCACCUCUUCCCAAGUCGCCUGAACCAGUCAAAACUCCCAAGAGAGUCAAGUCCCCUGAGCCAAUCAAGUCCCCUCAGAGAAUCAAGUCUCCAGUCUCACCCAAGUCCCCAACACCCAAGUCCCCAACACCCAAGUCCCCAACUCCAAAGUCCCCAACUCCAAAGUCCCCCCCUCCAUCAGAAAGGAGCAAGCAGGUAAUCCCCGCGAGUCCGUCCGCUCCUCGGUUCCUCGUGCAGCCGAGGUCCCAGAAUGUGAACGAGGGACAAAAUGUGAAAUUGACGUGUGAAAUCCAAGGAGAACCUUCACCUGAAGUGGAGUGGUUGAAAGACAAUGUGAUGAUUUCUGUCACGUCAAACAUCCGACUGAGUCGCUCUGAACACGUCAACGCUCUGGAGAUCCGUGACGCCACGGUCGCAGACAGCGGCAAAUACACGAUAAAAGCCAAGAACCAGUUCGGACAGUGCUCUGCGACAUCGUCACUCAACGUCUUCACCCUCGGUGAAGAGCCGACAACAAUGAUUAUCACGGAGCAAAGAGACUUUACUGGCACCGCUGCCGGCGUGCAGACAAGCGUCUCCGCCUCGUCCGUCCACACGGAGGCCGGCGUGCAGACGAGCAGCCGCGUGUCUGAGGCUAGCAUGUCUGAGGCUAGCAUGUCUGAGGCUAGCAUGUCUGAGGCUAGCAUGUCUGAGGCUAGCAUGUCUGCCAUGAUGGCCAAGUCGAUGGUUUCCAUGAGCUCCAGCAGCCAAAUGAUGGAAAUGUCUGUUCAGUCGCAUGUGACGUCCUCGACCUCCGUGAGCGCCCGAACCACCGCGGUCAAACGAGGUUUUCCAGCAAAGAUCGAGAAUCUUCCCCAGGACGUCAGUGCCGAGCUGGGGAAGUCCCUGACGAUAGCGGGGGUGUUCUCCGGAGACCCCGCCCCCUCCGUGCAGUGGGUGCGCUCCGGGCGUCCCCUCGCCAGCGGAGACGGGCGCUGCCGCGUGGAGAACACCGGCGACCUCUCCACCCUGGUGAUCGCUCCGGUGAAGGAGGGCGACGGGGGGGCGUACGUCCUGCGUCUGUCCAACGAGCUCGGCUCCGACUCCAGAACCGUCAACGUUCUCAUUCGAUCCAUGUAA